CCUGAGGGUGUAGUUGAUACAGUUACUCUCCGCCCAGUGCCACCUGUAUGAAAAUCUCUAUAUCAGCCUUGAAAUGUUCUCUGACCUCUCCCCCUCCUCCCACACAUACACUACACUCACAUUCGUAGGAAGGACCUGUACUGUGACAAUGGCUCCAGCAGCUAUCACUGUGCGUCUGCUGAAGGAUGGGGACUUACCUUCUCCCAGGCAAGUGACCCGACCCUACCUGGAGCAAGACUAUGACAAGCUGCUUCAGGAGUGUCUGCAACAAGGGCGACUCUUCGAGGAUCCCAAGUUUCCUGCGGAGCCAAAAUCACUGGGGUACAACCAGCUGGGACCUUGGUCUUCAGAAACCAGAGACAUCCAAUGGAAGAGACCCCAGGUAUGGACGCAGACAGAGAAUGCCCGAAGGACAGGGUCAAAACUGAGAAAUACUUUCAAUGAAUGAGGGGGCUGUGGAUUGUCACUACAAUUCCCAUCAUUAGUUUGGGGAGCAAACAUAGUAACCCAUGGUGGGGUUAUACAAAGCGGGCAACUCGGUGUGUAUAGACCAGUAACGUAUGGGGAAUAUAGGAUCCAGAUACUGGACAUUCAUAGACCAGCAAUGUAUGGGGGAAUACAGAGCCCGUCACGUGGACAACCCAUAAUCUAUUAUAGAACGAGGGGGGACUACAACGCCAGAGAACAUGACACACUUUAGCCCAUUAUUGUACAACAUAGGCCCUCCACAGUUUUUUGGGGGUCUGACGGAAAUUUCUGUACUGUGCUGUUGCUGAUAUUGAUUAGGACACUAACGGUUCCUGUAGAAAUUAUGGUUUAAACAUAUUUUAUCUUCUCGAAAACUGCCUGUACUUAGUGAAACUGGCGUAUUGCGGAACGUGUGCCACGGAAAAGACUAACAUCUCCACAGCUUAACCCUGUCAGUGCUGAGUCCUGAGUGACAGACUCAAUAUUAAUUAUAGGGGAGUUACCAUUGGGAACAUGAACCAAACAUCAUUCUUUUAAAGUAAUCCUAAAAAUGAAUUUUUUUAUUUUUUUUUACCAAUUUUCCUUGCAUGUUCCUUAGCCAUGAAAAAUCGAGAUGGCAAAUGUAAUUGCGCCCCUGUGAUAAAUAGUGACGAAAGUGCACAGUAAAAAUCUAAUUUUAACAUAGUCCUAUGUAGUGAAUCCAUUUUUGCAAUUAUGACAUUUAUUAAGAUCUCGCUACUAGAUUAGUAAAUCACUACUAGCGCAAGAAAAGUGCUAAUUAUUUUAUUUGUUAAUAUGCGAGGAUUCAAGCCGUGACUUUAUCGACCGCUCUGUAACACCACAUGCUGUUUACACUUUGGGUUAGAGAGGGAGAGGUUUAUUUGGGAAGGGAUCAAGCUCAGCUUCUCCUCAACCAGGGCAACGGUAACCGGUGAAUUAUAAUAUAAUAGGGAUAUUACAUGCAACAGCUCAUACACCACAUGGUUUAUGGGAGGGGAUGUUAAUAUUGUCCUAGACCCAACACAAGAUAGAUAAACCCGAGAGACGUCACCUUACACUUUCAGCUGCAUUGCAGUACUUACGCCCAACAAAUAUUAAUAAAAGGAAUGGAGCAUUUUAGUUAUGAAGAAAGGUUAACAAAUGUAAACCUCUUUAGGUUAGAAAAACGUCACCAUGAUAAAAUUAUGCACAUAUAUUCGGGCCAAUACAAACCAUUCUCUGGAAAUCUAUUCACAAACAGGACUAUACAUAGGACACGAGGUUACACAUUUAGACUGGAAGAAAGGAGAUUUAGUCUAAGGCAAAGGAAAGAUUUCUUACAGUAAGAAAAAUAAGAAUGUGGAAUUAGAGGUUGUUUUAUCAGAGUCUGUAUUGAAGUUUAAACAGUAAUUGGAUAAAUAUUUGCAAAAACAUAAUAUUCAGGGGCAUCAUUUUUAAUUAAUGAGGUGAUACCUUCUUGGAGCUAUCCAAGGCAGUGGCGGAGCUACCGCGGUCGCAGGGGUCAGAAGGGUGCCCACCAGCCAUCUAUUGCAGCACCCGCCCGCGCGGUAGAACCAGUGGAGCCCAUGCUUUAAGGGCCACCUGAUGGCAAAGCAUUUCCAGGGGGCCUGGUCAGUGCUGCAGUGCUUUAACAGUACGACCAGGCCCCCUGUGAUGAGGCCAGAUGCUAGGAGAAAGUGACUGUCCUGGUCACUCUUCCCAGCAUACACAGAGAAAGUGGAGGAGGAGUAAGAGAGGAGGGAGUCAGAGUGGGAAUUCUGACUCCCAUCAGCCUGAGCCAGCCUCCUGCACCUAAAAGGUAAGAAACAGGAAGUUGACUAAACCAUUUUGCAUGUGUGUGUUUGUGUAUGUGUGUCUUAAUGUAUGUAUGUGUGUGUCUGUAUGUAUGUGUGUGUGUCUAUGUAUGUAUGUGUGUGUUUGCGUCUCUGUAUGUAUGUGUGUGUGUGUGUAUGUCUCUGUAUGUAUGUAUGUAUGUGUUUCUGUAUUUAUUUGUGUGUUUGUGUAUUUGUAUCUGUAUGUGUGUGUCUAUAUGUAUAUCUGUAUGUCUGCGUAUCUUUAUGUCAAUGUGUGACCUGUGUAUCUUUAUGUGUGUCACUGUUUGUAUCUGUAUGAGUAUCAUUCUGUGUAUUUGAAUGUUUUUCCUUAAGUGUUUGUGUAUCUGUCUGUAUGUGUGUCUGUGUAUUCGCAUGUGUGUCUGUGUAUCUGUAUUUGUGUCAUUCUGUAUAUCUCAAAGUGUGUCUGUGUAUCUGCAUGUGUCUGUGUGUAUAUAUGUAUGCAUCUUUUGGACCAACAGCAAAAACAGAUGUUAGGAAGGCUAAACUCUCUUUUUAGCUUAUGUAACUAUGUAGAGACUAUACCUUUUAUUCCCACAACACAUUUCCUGUACUGACUUUUCCUAAUCUUGUUUGGCUCUCUACCAUGUGGACUCUACAGAUAGUAUUAUCAUCCCAAUCCAUUCCCACUGGAGAUUCCGUCACACCACCACUGGUGCUCUUCCCAAAUAGUUUUACCUGAUACAGAUCUUUUCACAUCAUGAUUUCUGAAACUCUACAAAUCUUUUCAGAUUUUCAAGUAGUUUAGCAAGAAGGGCAGGAUUUAUUUAUAUAAACUACAAGUGCCCCACCUGGGAGUCUAACAUUAAACAUAAUUAUAUUACAGAAUUCCUUGUUGGCCUUUCCAAAUGGCUCAGCCCCCCACAAUUCGCCACCAACUCUUUCAGCUGUAAAACCGAACAUUUCCCAUUUUGUAGUUUGUUCUUAUGAAGACAUUGACGUAACCCAUUGACUCCCAAAAUAAUAGCCAGAUCUAUUUUACUAAAUUCCUUCAUAUCAAAACUACGACCUCCCCUUCCCCACACCUUUAAGUUCCAUUCACUCCUCUCUGUUCCGAUACAUGCUCUUCCUUCCAUACGUGACCGGUAACAGGGGAUUUGCAGUGUUUAUAGUGAUAGAAAGUGCGAUAGGAAAGUGUUAAGCUGCUAACCCAGUGUAACCCAGCACCGUCUCUCCAUCUGUCACUUAUCUAGCCUUUAUUGAUCUGCCCAUCCCAGAUACUUAAUAUCUUCUGUGAUUAACCCUCGCAAUGCUAGGGAUCCUAACUGCAAGUUAGAAAUGACAAAACAUAGCCCACAUUCGCCCUUUUCUUACUCAAGAUGCUACCAAGGAGCUUGUCCAUGCUCUAGUAAUUUCCAGCAUGGAUUACUGUAACCCUCUCCUGAUUGGUCUUCCCAAAAGCCGUAUUGCCCCGCUACAGUCUGUAAUGAAUGCUGCCGCCAGACUGAUUUUCCUCUCUAGUCGGUUCUCUCACAGCUCACCCCUCUGCCAGUCCUUACAUUGGCUUCCUGUAUGCUAUAGGAGUCAAUUCAAGGUAUUAAUUCACACCUAUAAAGCACUGAACAGUUCUAGCCCCUCUUACAUCUCCUCACAGAUCCAUAGGUAUGUCCCUUCUCGGUCUCUCCGCUCUGCCCGUGACCACCUACUGUCCAUUGUUCGCACCCGGACGGCCAACUCGCGCCUGCAGGUCUUCUCGCGGGCAGCUCCCUUCCUAUGGAAUAGCCCGCCUACCGCCAUCAGACUCUACCUUAGUCUUCAAUCGUUUAAGAAGUGCCUUAAAACCCAUCUCUUUAGGAAAGCUUAUGGCCUCCCAGAUUAACCUCUACCUCACAUACCUGUCCCUUGCUCUCUCCUAAAGGGCAGCACUCUACUCUCUCCUCCAGCUCUGCUUCACUCCCACCGUAUUUGAUUGAUAUUUCCGUCCUAAUGUGUCUUACACCCCACCUCCUAUAGACUGUAAGCUCGUUUGAGCAGGGUCCUCUUCAACCUAUCGUUCCUGUAAGUUUUCUUGUAAUUAUCCUAUUUAUAGUUACAUCCACCCCUCUCAUAAUAUUGUAAAAUGCUACAGAAUCUGUUGGCGCUAUAUAAAUGGCAAUAAUAAUAAUAACCCGGUAUUUUUUAACACAAUAUGUCGAAUGGUCCAAUAUAGGUGUUUUUCCAUCAAAACAGAAAAUAAAUCCCAGCUCUCACCAGAGCAAGAACCAUAACCCAGUCACUCACUGACUCUCUCUGGACGACUAAAUCCAUUUACCAGCUGCGACCAUAUACAGCCGACACAGCGUGGAAAUAGAAAACAUAUUCUAUCAGCGCUCGCUGCUAGCGUUAUACAAUACUAAGCGCUCGCUGCUAGCUUUAUACAAUACUAAGCGCUCGCUGCUAGCUUUAUACAAUACUAAUCGCUCACUGCUAGCUUUAUACAAUACUAAGCGCUCGCUGCUAGCUUUAUACAAUACUAAUCGCUCGCUGCUAGCUUUAUACAAUACUAAGCGCUCACUGCUAGCUUUAUACAAUACUAAGCGCUCACUGCUAGCUUUAUACAAUACUAAGCGCUCGCUGCUAGCUUUAUACAAUACUAAGCGCUCACUGCUAGCUUUAUACAAUACUAAGCAUUCAUUGCUAGCUUUAUACAAUACUAAGCUCUCACUGCUAGCUUUAUACAAUACUAAGCGCUCACUGCUAGCUUUAUACAAUACUAAGCGCUCACUGCUAGCUUUAUACAAUACUAAGCGCUCACUGCUAGCUUUAUACAAUACUAAGCGCUCACUGCUAGCUUUAUACAAUACUAAGCGCUCACUGCUAGCUUUAUACAAUACUAAGCGCUCACUGCUAGCUUCAUACAAUACUAAGCUCUCACUGCUAGCUUUAUACAAUACUAAGUACCCACUGCUAGCUUUUCACAGCACUGAGUGCUCACUAAUAGCAUUUCAGUUAGUUUUUACAGCAUUGUUCGCUCUGUGUAUUGUUGUUAUAAAUCCUGACACACUAUAAACAUUAACUAACCCACAGUGUCUGUCUGUCUGUCUGUCUGUCUGUUUCAGGAGAUCUGCCAAUCGCCGCAGUUUGUCUGCGAGGACAUGAAAUGGACGGAUGUGUGCCAGGGCCAGCUCGGUGAGUGCGAUAAUAAUGUCAUAAUAUCAAAGUAUUUAACCACUAAAGGGGUAAUUAACUUGCUGCAAGCUUCCAACUACAUCUACAUAUUACUAUUACCCAACUCAAUGGUGCGUAUUGCAUUGAGCUCAGAAAGGGACAAGUUGUGUUUGCUGGAUAUAGACGUUGUGAUGCGUAAAUGCUCUGUUUGGAGCCCUAUUCAGUGUUUCCUGGCAUGGGAACCUGGUCCAAUCACCCCUCUCACAGUCAUUCCACUGACUCCAAGCCUCAAAACAAACUCACAAAAAUCGUAUUUUUAUUUUAUAUAAUAUUCAGCGACAGAAAACGUGCCAUGAAUAAAUACAGCAUAAAACACAUUUACAUAUAUAUAGUAAGAUUUGGGGUAUCUGUCAUGGGAUAUAAUAAGAAAUCCCUGAGUCUUGCACCAGUUGGAUAGAGAAUGAGUAGCCAAUCAGGGGGCAGUUGCGAGGAGUUGCAUUAAGGGAGUUAUUACGUGACAUGAUGGGUUUGGAUAAGAAUCAGGUGAAAAACUACCAAAUAUUUUCGAACAUACCUUAAAAACCUGCUGGGCUGUUUUAUAGGCACUUUGAGAGUGUGUGGGCAGUAUUUAACGUUACUGCCUGUAGCGCAUAAUGUCCAGGAUGCAAACCAGGCCGCCAGCGCAGAAACUACAGAUAAGUUAUUUACUAAAAUGCGAAGGGUCAACAAUUCAAACUAUACUGGUUUUUUACAUCAUAGAAUUUCUGUGUUUCUCUCUUAUCUCUCUGUCUCCAUGUGUGUCUAACGUUUCAGAGGAUUCCUUCAGUUUCACUAUUGUAGCCUCAAAUUUGACUUUUUAAAUUCUCAACAAUACCCACUUUAGAGGAUAACCCAGGAUAUGUAGGUAUCGGUCUGUCAGUAUACGCACAGUAUGGCCGACAAGUUCCUAGAGGAUAACCCAGGAUAUGUAGGUAUCGGUCUGUCUGUAUACGCACAGUAUGGCCGACACGCUCCUUUAGAGAAUAACCCAGGAUAUGUAGGUAUCGCUCUGUCUGUAAACGCACAGUAUGGCCGACACGCUCCUUUAGAGAAUAACCCAGGAUAUGUAGGUAUCACUCUGUAUGGCCGACACGCUCCUUUAGAGAAUAACCCAGGACAUGUAGGUAUCGGUCUGUCUGUCUGUAUGCGCACAGUAUAGCCGACACGCUCCUUUAGAGAAUAACCCAAGAUAUGUAGGUAUCUGUCUGUCUGUAUACGCACAGUAUGGCUGACACGCUCCUUUAGAGAAUAACCCAGGACAUGUAGGUAUCGGUCUGUCUGUAUACGUACAGUAUGGCUGACACGCUCCUUUAGAGGAUAACCCAGGAUAUGUAGGUAUCGGUCUAUCAGGAUACGCACAGUAUGGCCGACACGCUCCUUUAGAGGAUAACCCAGGAUAUGUAGGUGUCGGUCAAUCAGUAUACGCACAGUAUGGCCGACACGCUCCUUUAGACAAUAACCCAGGAUAUGUAGGUAUCGCUCUGUCAGUAUACGCACAGUAUGGCCGACACGCUCCUUUAGUGGAUAACCCAAGAUAUGUAGGUAUCUGUCUGUCUGUCUGUAUACGCACAGAAUGGCCGACACGUUCCUUUAGAGGAUAACCCAGGAUAUGUAGGUAUCAGUCUGUCUGUAUACGCACAGUAUGGCCGACACGCUCCUUUAGACAAUAACCCAGGAUAUGUAGGUAUCGCUCUGUCAGUAUACGCACAAUAUGGCCGACACGCUCCUUUAGAGAAUAACCCAGGAUAUGUAGGUAUCGCUCAGUCAGUAUACGCACAGUAUGGCCGACACGCUCCUUUAGACAAUAACCCAGGAUAUGUAGGUAUCGGUCUGUCUGUUUGUAUAUGCACAGUAUGGCCAGCAAUACGAUGAUGAUACAAUGACAAUACGGUGACAAUACAGUGACAAUACGAUGACAGUGGGUAAAGAGAGACUUUGGUGGGAUGCUCUCUCUUCCCGUAUCUGAUCUUCCGUGUUGGUCAGAGAGCAAGCUUGGACAGUGCUCUCACAUGGUUAAAGAUGUCGGCCCCUUCGACAAACUGACUCACAGUAUAUACAUUCCCUGUCCUAGUCCUCUCAUAUUACUCCAUUUACUGCCAAACCUUCAAGACAUCGUUAUAUUCUGGUUUCUCCUGUCAUCCUCUCACUUAUCCCUCUAAUUAAACUAAUAAAUACCACUGGUAAUAUAUUCAUCUAUAUUAUAAGGAGUCACUGAGAUCCCUCACAUAGAUCUCUCUAAUUAAACUAAUAAAUACCACUGGUAAUAUAUUGUAAGGAGUCACUGAGAUUGUUAUCACAAUGGGUUUCGUUAUACAGUGGCUUUGUGGUCUGUUUAAACAUUUUCUAGUUGCCCAGUAAUUCCAUACGGCACCAUAAAGUCAUUAAUACAUAUUCAAAUUUUGAAAUAAUAUUCUACACUAGCGCUACCAGUAAUGCCACACUUUAAUAUACUCCUAAGUCUAGCCCAUAUGCCAACCCAAAACCUAGCCCUAACCCUAAUGCCAACCCAAAACCUAGCCCUAAUGCUAACCCUAAUGCCAACCCAAAACCUAGCCCUAACCCUAAUGCCAACCCAAAACCUAGCCCUAACCCUAAUGCCAACCAAAAACCUAGCCCUAAUGCCAACCCAAAACCUAGCCCUAAUGCCAACCCAAAACCUAGUCCUAAUGCUAACCCUAAUGCCAACACAAAACCUAGCCCUAAUGCUAACCCUAAUGCCAACCCAAAACCUAGCCCUAACCCUAAUGCCAACCAAAAACCUAGCCCUAAUGCCAACCCAAAACCUAGCCCUAAUGCUAACCCUAAUGCCAACCCAAAACCUAGCCCUAACCCUAAUGCCAACCCAAAACCUAGCCCUAAUGCUAACCCUAAUGCCAACUCAAACCCUCAACCUAACACUAACCCUAAACCCAUCCAAAAACCUAGCCCUAACACUAACCCUAAAGCAAUCCUAAAUCCUAGCCCUAAUGCUAACCAUAAACCUAGCCCUAAUGCUAACCCUAAAGCCAUCCCAAACCCUAGCCCUAAUGCUAACCCUAAACCUAGCCCUAAUGCCAACUCAAACCCUAGCCCUAACCUUAAUGCCAACCCAAAACCUAGCCCUAAUGCUAACCCUAAUGCCGACUCAAACCCUAGCCCUAACACUAACCCUAAUGCCAACUCAAACCCUCAACCUAAACCUUACCCUAAUGCCAACCCAAACCCUAUGAUAAUGCUAACCCUAACCUUAAUGCCAACCCAAACCCUAGCCCUAACACUAACCUUAAAGCCAACCCAAACCCUAGCCCUAACCCUAAUGCCAAACCCUAGCCCUAACACUAACCCUAAAGCCAACCCAAACCCUCACCCUAACGCUAACCCUAAUGCCAACCCAAAACCUAGCCCUAAUGCCAACCCAAAACCUAGUCCUAAUGCUAACCUUAAUGCCAACUCAAACCCUAGCCUUAACACUAACCCUAAUGCCAACUCAAACCCUCAACCUAAUCCUAAUGCCAACCCAAACCCUACGAUAACGCUAACCCUAACCUUAAUGCCAACCUAAACCCUAGCCUUAACACUAACCCUAAAGCCAACCCAAACCCUAGCCCUAACCCUAAUGCCAACCCAAACCCUAGCCCUAACACUCACCCUAAUGCCAACCCAAACCCUAACCCUAGCCCUAAUGGUAACCCUAAAGCCAACUCAAACCCUAGCCCUAACUCUAACCCUAAAGCCAACCCAAACCCUAGCCCUAACACUAACCCUAAUGCCAAGCCAAACUCUCAACCUAACCCUAACCUUAAAGCCAUCCCAAACCCUCACCCUAACACUAACCCUAAUGCCAACUCAAACCCUCAACCUAACCCUAACCCUAAUGACAACCCGAACCCUAGCCCUAGCCCUAAUACAAACCCUAGCCCUAAAACUAACCCCAAUGCCAACCCAAACCCUAGCCCUCACUCUAAUGUCAACCCUGCUCCUGCCCUAACCCUACCCUUGGCCCUAAAAUGACUUCCUAUGUCCUUAAUUCUGGGAAUUGGAGUUCUUGAUCCUUCAGUAUUGGUCUUAUCGUUUAUUACAAUGUUUAUAAGAUCCCUCCGUGGUUUUAUUUUCCCAUAAUGUAUCUUAAACCAGUUAUCGCAUUGCGGAAGUGGACAUGCUUAUUCCAAGUCUGUAAACAGUGUAAAUGUAAUGUAACAAUAAAGAAUGAAUCACUUUCUUUACAUUUCAUUAUACACUGUAUGUACUAAUCUCUCACCUUCCCCUCAUUUAAAGGGACAGUGACCCAUAUUCCAAUAAUAGCUCUUAAACUAUGACAUUUUGCUGGCCCUGUCCCUCACAGCCACCCCCGUGAAACUCUGUAGAUUUGCUGCUAAUUUAUGCUGAGUUAGUGUGCGUGCGGACAAGUCCAUUAUUCAUCAAAGACAAAAGAGGAUCGAUUUAGCCCUCCACCCCUCCUCCACCCGGCCCUACCCUUUCCAGCUGGACUGAAUGAAAAACCUGGAGUGUACGGUUAUUAUUUGAAGCACUAAGCUGUUAAGGCAGACUGACUCAAGUGCUAAUUAUAUCAGGAACUCUUUAAAAAUGCUCCUUCCAAGGCUGUCGUUACCAAAGUGCACACAGCCGUCUGCAGGGUUUAUUUUACAUAGAAUAAUCCCUGAUUCACAUCCUGUAAAGAGGGAUUCGAGACAGUCAUAAUAUUUCAUAUCAAUGGCGGGGAUAUCGCUGCUAGUACAGGGCUUCCUGCGCACAAGCUAAUGGCAUUUUAAGUCAGUGACCCUCAUACCAUGACCCACUAGGACUGCCAGAUCCUCCCUGGUUUUUCUGCUGAUGGGCUGUGCGUGUAAAGUGCUACCCAGCAUUGUGUACAAAUACUGGGAAGAAAUUGGGGAAGGAAAUCAAUAACUGGAUCGUAACUAAACUAGUUUGGUUAAUCUAGAAAGAGAGUUUGGUAUAUAAUUUAUAUAUAUCUCAAGUGGAGCGCUAUAGAUGUUGAGGGAUUACCUCACAGAAUCUUGAUCGGAUCGUAUACGUCACAUACAAAUAUGAAAGAUAAAAAGAUAUAAUAUAGUGCAGAUUGUAAAACACUUGUGCAAUUUAGGUGAGGUAGAUAAAUGUAUCACUCACAUUUUCAAGAGCCUAUAUUAUUGGCUCUGUAUGGACUGGUAUGCUUUUUAACGCAGCAUCCCACCACUAUUUUCUUUUUUUUAUAAUUCUUUAUUUUUGCAACGGUAUGGAGUAGACAAUGCAUAAGGUUUGGCUCGUGCAAGAGCGUUUCAAAAGUACAUACACAUGUCAGGUACAUAUGAGGAUUUUUAACAUCUCUACUUUCAUCCGUUGUGGUUGUUGGUAUUAUUGUUUCAACAAGAACAUUGUGUAUAGAAAAAUAAAAUAACUGAACUGUGGGCCGGGAUACCGGUCAUCUCGGUCCAAACGGUCAUGGGUUGGGUGGGGGGAGAGAAGUUGAGGUAGGUUGGGGGGGGGGGCAAGGGUUGGGGGGGGUUACUGCAGUCCAUCGUUAGCGUUUGCGACUCCUUUCUGCUACAUGGUCUUUAUUGGUCUUACUGGUCAUUAUAGGUCUCCCACGGUUCCCACGUCUUAGUAAAAGCUUUGGUUGUGCCCCUAAUUUGGGCCGUGAGUUUGUCCAUUAAGUGGCAUUCUUUGAUUUUGUUAAUCACUAUUGCUACUGAGGGGGUGUCCUGCUGUAACCAGGUCUGGGCUAACGCUCUCCUGGCCGCUAAGGUUAUUUUGUCAAACAGAUGCUGGUUUGGUUUGGACCAAUUCUCCUGAGGUCUGGCCAGUAGGAACGUCCAAGGGUUCAGUGUCACUGGCCUAUCGAAUAUUUGGGUCAUGAGGGUUCGAAUGGCCGUCCAAUAAAUUUUAAUCUUAGGGCAGUGCCACCACAUAUGGGUAUAUGUCCCUCUCUCCCCACAAUUGCGCCAGCAGAGGUCUGUGGGUGUUUUUUUCAUGUGAUAUAGCUGAACAGGGGUGGUAUACCACCUGAACAUCGUUUUGUAGGCCUGCUCUUGCAUCGUGACGCAAAUAGAGGUUUUAGCAGUGGCCUGCCAUAUGUCCUGCCAGUCUACCCCCUCUAAUGUUUCCCCAAGGUCGGUUUCCCACUUGUCUGUGUAGUGGAGGGUGCCCCAGUCCUGUGUAGUGGAGCAGAGAUGGGAGUACAAGAGGGAGAUCAAUCCCUUUUGGUAGCGUUCGGCCAGGCAUAUGUUUUCAAAGAAUGUUGGUUUAGCUAGUGCAGCUCUUUUAACAGGUUCUUGGGUAGCAUAGUGUCUUAGCUGGAGGUACCUAAAGAAAUCUGCGGGGGUUAGGGUUGUUCUGGUUUGUAAUUCAGCGAAGGUGAUUAUGUCGUGACCUGUGUAGAGUUGAUGAAUUCUUUGUAGGUCUGCAUUUUCCAGGCCUUUGAAAUCUCUGGGUCUCAUGCCUGGAAUAAAUGCCCUAUUUCUGUAUAUGGGGGUGAGGGGGGAGGAUGAUGUUGUUAGUUCGUAUUUUGUGGCAUAUUUGUCCCAGAUGUGAAUCGAAUUUGUAAUAGCUGGGCAGGUAGUCCUUAAAAGUGCUCUAUGCUCUUUCGGGGUCCAUAUGUAAAACUGAGGGAGGUCCGAUUUCAUAAUCAGGGAUUCCAGGUCCACCCAUCUUCUGGUGUCCGGAGGGGUGUGCCACAUCGCUAUUUGUGUCAAGUGGGCUGCAAUGUAGUAGAAAUGUAUGUGUGGUAGGCCUAAUCCCCCUCUGGGCUUGGGGCGAUAUAGAAUAUUACGGGCCACUCUGUGCCUUUUGUUGUGCCAGAUAAAGCGGUCAAUGGCCUGCUGUAGAGGCUUUAAGUCUUGUUUCGUUAUGGGGAUGGGUAGGGCCUGGAAUAGAAAAAGGAUACGCGGUAGGAUGUUCAUCUUUAUUGAAUGUAUCCUGCCAAUCCAGGAUAUGGGUUUAUCCGCCCAGGUCUCCAUGUCCGUUAUGAGUUUAGUGAUUAGCGGGGAGUAGUUAAGUUGGUGUAGUUUCGUGAGGUCUGCCGGCAGUUUUAUGCCGAGGUAGGAGAGGUAGGUCGGUGCCAUGCGUAUGUGAUAGUCUGACGUGAUUUGGGUGGUCUCAUUCUGCGCGAGUAGUAUUGGGAGUGCGCUGGAUUUCUCCAUAUUGACUUUGUAGCCUGAUAUUGUACUGUAGUUUUGCAAGAGGGGCAUCAGCGCGCGCAUGGAGCGGAUGGGGUUAGUUAAUGUGAUGAGAACGUCGUCCGCGUAUGCGGAGGCCAGGAACUCUUGGUCUGUUAUCUUUGCCCCCGUAAUUUCGGGGUGUUCUCUGAUCGCCUGUAAAAGGGGUUCGAGUGUUAGUGCAAAAAGUAACGGGGAUAGGGGGCAGCCCUGUCUAGUUCCGUUAUAGAUGUUAAAUCGUGGGCUGUUUGAUCCGGUCAGCUGUAUUUGGGCUGUCACGUCUGUGUAUAGCGCCCGUACUGCCGUGAUGAAGGUGGGGGGUAUGUUUAAAUGGCUUAGUAGUGUGAACAUGUAUGGCCAGUUCACCCUGUCGAACGCUUUUUCAGCGUCUAGGGACAGGGCAAUCGCUGGUGUGUUGGUUGUAGUGAGUGUCCAUAUCACGUCUAUGUUCCGUCUGGUAUUUUCAAAUAACUGCCUGCCGGGAAUAAACCCGACCUGGUCUGCGUGGAUGAGCCGCGUGAGAUGCGGGUUCAGUCUUGUCGCUAAUAUUUUGGCAAAGAUUUUACUAUCAUGGUUUAUUAGUGAUAUGGGUCUAUAUGCUUCUGGUAGGGUGUGGUCCUUGUCUGGUUUGGGUAAGAGUAUGAUAUGUGCCUGUGUCAUGUCCUUGGUAGGAGGGGUUCCCUCGAGUAGUUCGCGGAAUAAAGUCUCCAUGUGUGGGAGUAGUAUCUCACGAAAGGUUUUGUAGUAGCUCCCCUCGUAGCCAUCAGGGCCCGGGGCUUUGUUGCUCUUCAAGGAGGAUAUGGCCAUAUUGAUUUCGUCUGUGCUGAUUGGGGCUGAUAAUUCUUCUAUGGCUGCGGUGUGGAGUUUGGGUAGGUUGAGGCGCGCUAAGAAUUCCGACGUCCUCUGGCAAGCUGUCUGAGUGUGCGUAUGACUUUGGGGGGUGUGGUUGUAUAGGGCUGCGUAAUAGGAGGUAAAAAUCUGCGCUAUCUCUGUCGGUGUGGUUUUCAUGGUGCCGUCGGGGGCUCGUAUGGAUGUAAUGUGAGGACGUUGCGUUCUAGGGCGGAGUGUCCGAGCGAGUAGUGUGUCCAUUUUAUUCGAUUUGUCGUAGUAUGUCCGUUUAGUCCAUGUUAGUGCUCGCGCUGUGUCGUUUAUUAGUAGCUGCCUGAUAGCUAGGCGCGUGUCUAGUAGGUGUUGUAACGUUUGCGGAUUCGGGUCUGUUUUGUGGCUCUGUUCCGCUUUACGAAGGGAGUCUAGAAGUUGGGUCAGUUUUUGGGUUUUCAAUUUCUUUUUAUGUGUCGCUAUUUUGAUAAGGUGUCCCCGAAUGACGGCUUUGUGCGCUGCCCAAAUUACAGUCAUCGGGAUAUCUGGCGUUAUAUUUUCUGUGAAAUAUGUCUGUAGUUGUGUUUGUAGUUCAGUUACAACUAGUGGGUCUUGAAGGAGGGAGGUGUUUAGCUUCCAUGUCCACGGUGUUGGACUAUAUAGGCCUUCCAGAUAGAUGGCUAUGUCUGCGUGAUCUGACCAGGCUAUAGUGCCUAUUUCUGUUUUUUGGGUUUUAGUGAAGCCUAUUUGGUUGGUCAGGAAGAUGUCAAUACGAGAGUAAGUGUCGUGGGGGGCAGAAUAGUAGGUAUAAUCUUUAUGACUGGGGUGUUGUGCCCUCCACGCGUCUAUGAGGCCCGUUUUACGUAUGAAGUCGUUGAGUUGUUUGUCUUGUCCUCCUUUGCCGUGGGAUCUAGCUAGUCCCGGGCGGGAGCUUCUGUCUGCAGCUGGGGAAGGGGUGGCGUUGAGGUCGCCCCCCAGGAUCACCACUCCAUUGGGUAGUGACAGGACUUUAUCUGCCAGUUGGUUCCAGAAUUGCAGGGAUGGUGUGUUGGGAGCGUAGAUGUUGAUUAGGUGUAUGGUUUGUGUGUAUAUUUGGCCCGUCGCUAUGAGGUAUCUGCCCUCUGUGUCGUUGUCUAUGUGAGUGAGGCGCAUAGGGCAUCGUUUAUGGACGAGGAUAGUUACCCCGUUUCGUUUUUGGAAGGCACGCGCUUCUGCUGCGACCCGGUAGGAAUGGUCGCGAAGGGAGACCUGGGCGGAUCUAGGUAAGUGUGUCUCCUGCAGGUACGCGAUGUCCGGGUUAAGUCUUUUUAGCUCCCUAAAAAGUGUGCGUCUUUUGCGUGGUGAAUUGAGGCCCUUAACAUUUAGUGAGGAUAUCUUUAGUGCCAUGUUGGUAGAGUGAAGAUGGUUUUUGUGUUAUCUAGCCGUGUGGGGCAUGGCGUGGGGGGUGAUCUACUCCCAUCUCUGCUCCGCCUCCCCUCAUUAGGAGUGGGGUUUCCGUGGGGCGAUAUAGUCGUAGCAAUUAGUGACCAAGGUGAUGGUAAGGAGUGGGUUGGUCUGCAGUAUGGAGACGUAUAGGAUGGCGUGCGAGGGGAAGAUGGGGAAGGGAGGUAGGAAAUCUGAGGGAUGAACAUGUGAACCCGUCUGGUCUUAUGCCUUGCCAGACUAUGGGGGGGUACUUGGGUCCUUGCCUCCUUCAGGGCUCUUGCCGCCCGAGGGGUCUGGGUCAUGAACCAAGUCACCGAGGGUGUCCCCUAUACCGUAAGGGUUGCUAUAGGUAUGAUAUGCCAAGCGUCACUGUUUUGUGGAGCUUAUUGUGGGUGCGAAUUCCCCGGUUGCCGGGGCUGGGGAUGUUAAUUGAGGUGGAGGGGUAGGACCCUUUGGAGAAGGUCAGUAGUAAGUCCGUGUUCGAAGUGAUAAGUUGGAGAGGAGUGAUGUAAGGAAAGGGUCCCGUCUCGUUGGGCUCUCAGAAUUGUAUACGGCCUAUACCGGGUCUCAUAGGAUCCUGAAGGCAUUCCCGGCCUGGGUUCCAUAUGUACCUGUAUUCUAAUGGCUGGGGUGUAUAAUGGGAGUUCGGGAGGUGGGAGCUAUGGUCUAUUUACCCCUCAGUCAGUGGUAGCGUAUCGUCGCGCCCGUACUGAUAUUGCAGAAGUGGGGCCGUCUAUAUAUGGAGCCUUGCUACUUCCGGUCUGCUCUGAUCUCCCUCCUGGGCAUCUCUGUUCGGGCUGACGUCUGCUCCCUUAACAUAUGCACUGAUAAUAAUCAUGUGAAUUUAAGCAACAAGAAAAAGAAAAAAGGGGUGGGGGCAAGGGACAGGGGCUACAUCAGUAAGCGUGAGUGUGGGCUAUUAGCAUACAGUUUGCAUAACAAUUAAACAUUUGCAUACAAUUAAGUAUAAACAUCAGGUACUCUGGUGAAACAUUAGGCUGUCCGUCUACGGUGUGUGGCUCUCCUUUCCAGCUGUAUGUCUGGCCUAAUGUGUUUCUAGUGUAACCCCUGUCUGUGCUGGAGUGCUUGUCCCGGAUGUAGAUCUCCGUCGUGUUAGUAAGUUGUGUGGGUGGUAUUUCCCCUUUUCCUUUUUUCCCUUUCUCCCUUUCCUCCUUCUUUUUUUUUUUUUUUUUUUUUUUUUUUUUUUUUUUUUUUUUUUUUUUUUUUUUUGGUUGUUGUUAUGUUUCGGUAAUAGGGAUGGGUUUCUGUCUGUCAAUCCUAUUGUGUUCCAAUUCUCUAAGUGUGUGUGAGCGGAGCUCGCGUGUGCUGUUUGUGCCCCUCUACCUAUUUAUAUGAGUCCAAAAAUACAUUACAGUUCCGAUGAGAGAUGUCGGGGGCUGCCGUGGCAGACGCAUGGCCGGCCAUCAGUCUAUUCGUGUCUUUUGCAGGUCGGUGUAGCGGCCUUGUUGUUGCAGCUGGAAAUGUUUGUCCCUAGUCCUGGUUCUGAUGUGGUUGGCGGGUGGUCUCCUAGCAGUUGCUGAGCUCAGCGCUGCGCCUUGACAGGUUGCGAAAUGUUCUCCGGUGGCGUCUUGCUUGGUGCGUUCUGAGUCCUGAGAGUCCCUGGUGAAGUUGUCUUGAAAGAGAGCGGGUGAAUAAAACGUUGUGGGUGGCAGCUAGGGUGAGUUUUUUUUUUUUUGUUGUUUGUUUGGGUUUUGCUUUGCUGUUCGUUUGUGUUUUAUUGGCCCGCGGCCAUAUGCCAGUCUCUCGGCAGGGUGCGGAGUGCCGGGAGCGCGGUCGUAGGCAAUCUGAGGUCGUUGGGGGGCGCUAUUCCCAGUUCGCGUAGAAACGGUAUAGGAUUUGCUCCUGGCAGGAGAACAUGAGGCCUACCCUGCUUGAAGACCAUCAAUUUGAAGGGGUGGCCCCACGCAUAUCGCACCGAGUUGUUUCGGAGCAGCUCCGUGACUGGACGCCACUCACGCCUGCGCUGGAGCGUGACGGGGGCCAGGUCCUGGAAUAAGGUGAGCGCUGUGUUCUUGUAGGUGAUCAGGGUGUCUCGGGCCCUCCUGAGUACUGCCUCUUUUGUUCGGUAGUGUAAGAAGCGCACUAUGACGUCUCUGGGUCUUGCUGUGUCUUCCCGUCGGGCACGGAGGGCUCUAUGUGCCCUGUCCAGAUGCCAGUGUUCUUCUGGGACGUCUGGGAGGAGAGGCUUGAGGAUGGCAAGUAUUGUUGCUGCGAGUGGGCCCUCGUCAGGCUGCUCAGGCAGGCCUCUUAGCCGUAUAUUGUUGCGGCGCGUGCGAUUUGCCAGGUCCUCUAGGGCCGCUUCCGUUGUUUCUACACGCGCGGUUAGCAUGUUAAUAUGGUUUGUUGCCGUAUUAUGUGCCUCCACUGUAGCCUCUACCCGCUGCUCCAGCUCUGUCGUCCGCGCCCCCAGCGAGUGAAUUUCCGCCAUUACCGCUUUGGAGCUGCGUUCUAUCUCCCGGGCCAGAAAUGUUUUCAUUGCCGCCAUCUCUGUGAGGAUAUGCGCCGUCUCCGGUGCUGGGGACUGUGGCAUCUGGGGUGUGCCAGCGUCUGUGGGGGUGGUUGAGACCCGCGGGUCGUUUUCGGCGCCAUCUUGGGCCUCGUGGCGGCUAUGCCGCGAGGCCGCAAAUAGAUCUCGCACGGUAGCUGCUGCAUCGGCGGCUUUUUUGGGCUGCUUCCUGGGUGUCCUCCUGUCCAUCCUCAAUGGUGGGUGCAAGUAUAGAGGGCGAAUUCGCGGUUUCGUGGCUUUUGUUAGCUUGCGGUAUCGGGGUCGGUGAGGAGCGCUAGUGACUCGCGUCCAUCUUGGUUCCCGGUCAAGCCCCGCCUCAUCCCCACCACUAUUUUCUACUGAAGUUUUUCUCCGGGAAGAUAAAAACAAUAGGAAAAUCCAAUGUGUAGUAUAGUUAAUUCAAGGAUAUCUUGCUCACCUUUUUUAGAGCCUUCACAAUAGAUUAUUUGUAUUAAUAAAUAGAUUAUAUUUUAUACAAAGUCCACAGAAGCCUCAAGUACCUUCAUUUGGGGAAAGUGCCAACCCCCUUAGUGUGGCACAAAGUCUACCGCCAGGACUUUAAAGCUCUAAAAAAAAAACAAUGUUAGAUUUAUUCAGGUUCUUCUUGAUAAACCUUCCCCAACCUCCCAUCAGAUCCAAUAAAUCCGGGAAAUAGUCACAAUCUGCCGCAACGUUUUACACACUUUUCAUGCAAGGUGGGAGCAUAGUCCCUACAUCCUGCCGGGGCUCCCGCCAUAUUGAUUGUCUGACGACAGGAAACAAGAAACGCUAACAUACAAAUAAUUUCCAAUCUACAGGGAACUGCUGGUUCCUGGCGGCGGCAGCCUCUCUAACCCUGUACCCCGCGCUCAUGGAACAGGUGGUACCUUCCCAGCAGAGCUUCACCACAGGGUAUGCCGGAAUCUUCCAUUUCAAGGUGUGUUCCAGUGCGCGGGAGAGAAGCUGUUGAGACAGACUUACAAUGGACAAAGUAAUGGUGACAUGGGUCACAGCGUACUAAUGACAGUGACAUGUUUAACGGUCAGUCCCUCCCAGGGUCACAGCGUACUAAUGACAGUGACAUGUUUAAUGGUCAGUCCCUCCCAGGGUCACAGUGUACUAAUGACAGUGACAUGUUUAAUGGUCAGUCCCUUCCAGGGUCACAGUGUACUAAUGACAGUGACAUGUUUAACGGUCAGUCCCUCCCAGGGUCACAGCGUACUAAUGACAGUGACAUGUUUAACGGUCAGUCCCUCCCAGGGUCACAGCGUACUAAUGACAGUGACAUGUUUAAUGGUCAGUCCCUUCCAGGGUCACAGUGUACUAAUGACAGUGACAUGUUUAAUGGUCAGUCCCUUCCAGGGUCACAGUGUACUAAUGACAGUGACAUGUUUAAUGGUCAGUCCCUCCCAGGGUCACAGUGUACUAAUGACAGUGACAUGUUUAAUGGUCAGUCCCUCCCAUGGUCACAGUGUACUAAUGGCAGUGACAAGUUUAAGGGUCAGUCCCUCCCAGGGUCACAGUGUACUAAUGACAGUGACAUGUUUAAUGGUCAGUCCCUCCUAGGGUCACAGUGUACUAAUGACAGUGACAUGUUUAAUGGUCAGUCCCCAGGGUCACAGUGUACUAAUAACAGUGACAUGUUUAAGGGUCGGUCCCUCCCAGGGUCACAGUGUACUAAUGACAGUGACAUGUUUAAUGGUCAGUCCCUCCCAGGGUCACAGUGUACUAAUGACAGUGACAUGUUUAAUGGUCGGUCCCUCCCAGGGUCACAGUGUACUAAUGACAGUGACAUGUUUAAUGGUCGGUCCCUCCCAGGGUCACAGUGUACUAAUGACAGUGACAUGUUUAAUGGUCAGUCCUCCCAGGGUCACAGCGUACUAAUGACAGUGACAUGUUUAAUGGUGUCCCUCCCAGGUCACAGUGUAACAAUGACAGUGACAUGUUUAAUGGUCAGUCCCUCCCAGGGUCACAGUGUACUAAUGACAGUGACAUGUUUAAUGGUCGGUCCCUCCCAGGGUCACAGUGUACUAAUGACAGUGACAUGUUUAAGGGUCAGUCCCCUCCCAGGGUCACACAGUGUACCAAUGACAGUGACAUGUUUAAGGGUCAGUCCCUCCCAGGGUCACAGUGUACUAAUGACAGUAACAUGUUUAAUGGUCAGUCCCUCCCAGGGUCACAGUGUACUAAUGACAGUAACAUGUUUAACGGUCAGUCUCUCCCACGGUCACAGUGUAAUAAUGACAGUGACAUGUUUAAUGGUCAAUCCCUCCCAGGGUCACAGUGUACUAAUGACAGUGACAUGUUUAAUGGUCGGUCCCUCCCAGGGUCACAGCGUACUAAUGACAGUGACAUGUUUAAUGGUCGGUCCCUCCCAGGGUCACAGCGUACCAAUGACAGUGACAUGUUUAAUGGUCAGUCCCGCCCAGGGUCACAGCGUACCAAUGACAGUGACAUGUUUAAUGGUCAGUCCCGCCCAGGGUCACAGCGUACCAAUGACAGUGACAUGUUUAAUGGUCAGUCCCUCCCAGGGUCACAGUGUACUAAUGACAGUGACAUGUUUAAUGGUCGGUCCCUCCCAGGGUCACAGUGUACUAAUGACAGUGACAUGUUUAAGGGUCAGUCCCUCCCAGGGUCACAGUGUACUAAUGACAGUGACAUGUUUAAUGGUCAGUCCCACACAGGGUCACAGUGUACUAAUGACAGUGACAUGUUUAAUGGUCAGUCCCUCCCAGGGUCACAGUGUACUAAAUGAUGCACAUGUUUAAUGGUCGGUCCCCCAGGGUCACAGUGUACUAAUGACAGUGACAUAAGCUCAUGCGGGUCAGUCCCCACACAGGGUCACAGUGUACCAAUGACAGUGACAUGUUUAAUGGUCAGUCCCUCCCAGGGUCAUUGGAAAGUGUACUAAUAACAGAAAGUGACAUGUUUAAUGGUCAGUCCCGCCCAGGGUCACAGCGUACCAAUGACAGUGACAUGUUUAAUGGUCAGUCCCGCCCAGGGUCACAGCGUACCAAUGACAGUGACAUGUUUAAUGGUCAGUCCCGCCCAGGGUCACAGCGUACCAAUGACAGUGACAUGUUUAAUGGUCAGUCCCUCCCAGGGUCACAGCGUACCAAUGACAAUGACAUGUUUAAUGGUCAGUCCCUCCCAGGGUCACAGUGUACUAAUGACAGUGACAUGUUUAAUGGUCGGUCCCUCCCAGGGUCACAGUGUACUAAUGACAGUGACAUGUUUAAUGGUCGAUCCCUUCCAGGGUCACAGUGUACCAAUGACAGUGACAUGUUUAAUGGUCAGUCCCUCCCAGGGUCACAGUGUACUAAUGACAGUGACAUGUUUAAUGGUCGGUCCCUCCCAGGGUCACAGUGUGCUAAUGACAGUGACAUGUUUAAUGGUCAGUCCCUCCCAGGGUCACAGUGUACUAAUGACAGUGACAUGUUUAAUGGUCAGUCCCUCCCAGGGUCACAGUGUACUAAUGACAGUAACAUGCUUAAUGGUCAGUCUCUCCCAGGGUCACAGUGUACUAAUGACAGUGACAUGUUUAAUGUUCAGUCCUUCCCAGGGUCACAGCGUACUAAUGACAGUGACAUGUUUAAUGGUCAGUCCCUCCCAGGGUCACAGUGUACUAAUGACAGUGACAUGUUUAAUGGUCAGUCCUCCCAGGGUCACAUGCGACAAUGAUGAAAAGUGACAUGUUUUAAAUGGUCAGUCUCACAGGGUCACAGCCAAGCACUAAAUUUCCAGACAGUGACAUGCUUCUAAUGGUCAGUCCCUCCCCAGGGCUCAGUGUACUAAUGGCAGUGACAUGUUUAAUGGUCGGUCUCUCCCAGGGUCACAGUGUACUAAUGACAGUGACAUGUUUAAUGGUCAGUCCCUCCCAGGGUCACAGCGUACUAAUGACAGUGACAUGUUUAAUGGUCAGUCUCUCACAGGGUCACAGCGUACUAAUGACAGUGACAUGUUUAAUGGUCAGUCCCUCUCAGGGUCAGUGUAAUAAUGACAGUGACAUGUUUAAUGGUCAGUCCCGCCCAGGGUCACAGUGUACUAAUGACAGUGACAUGUUUAAUGGUCAGUCCCUCCCAGGGUCACAGUGUACUAAUGACAGUGACAUGUUUAAGGGUCAGUCCCACACAGGGUCACAGUGUACUAAUGACAGUGACAUGUUUAAUGGUCAGUCCCUCCCAGGGUCACAGUGUACUAAUGACAGUAACAUGUUUAAUGGUCGGUCCCUCCCAGGGUCACAGUGUACUAAUGACAGUGACAUGUUUAAGGGUCAGUCCCACACAGGGUCACAGUGUACUAAUGACAGUGACAUGUUUAAUGGUCAGUCCCUCCCAGGGUCACAGUGUACUAAUGACAGUGACAUGUUUAAUGGUCAGUCCCUCCUAGGGUCACAGUGUACUAAUGACAGUGACAUGUUUAAUGGUCGGUCCCUCCCAGGGUCACAGUGUGUACUAAUGACAGUGACAUGUUUAAUGGUCAGUCCCUCCCAGGGUCACAGUGUACUAAUGACAGUGACAUGUUUAAUGGUCAGUCCUCCCAGGGUCACAGUGUACUAAUGACAGUGACAUGUUUAAUGGUCGGUCCCUCCCAGGGUCACAGUGUACUAAUGACAGUGACAUGUUUAAGGGUCAGUCCCUCACAGGGUCACAGUGUACUAAUGACAGUGACAUGUUUAAUGGUCAGUCCCUCCCAGGGUCACAGUGUACUAAUGACAGUAACAUGUUUAAUGGUCGGUCCCUCCCAGGGUCACAGUGUACUAAUGACAGUGACAUGUUUAAGGGUCAGUCCCACACAGGGUCACAGUGUACUAAUGACAGUGACAUGUUUAAUGGUCAGUCCCUCCCAGGGUCACAGUGUACUAAUAACAGUGACAUGUUUAAUGGUCAGUCCCUCCCAGGGUCACAGUGUACUAAUGACAGUGACAUGUUUAAUGGUCAGUCCCUCCCAGGAUCACAGCGUACUAAUGACAGUGACAUGUUUAAUGGUCGGUCCCUCCCAGGGUCAUAGUGUACUAAUGACAGUGACAUGUUUAAUGGUCAGUCCCUCCCAGGGUCACACAUUGUACUAAUGACAGUGACAUGUUUAAGGGUCAGUCCCACACAGGGUCACAGUGUACUAAUGACAGUGACUUGUUUAAUGGUCAGUCCCUCCCAGGGUCACAGUGUACUAAUGACAGUGACAUGUUUAAUGGUCGGUCCCUCCCAGGGUCACAGUGUACUAAUGACAGUAACAUGUUUAAUGGUCGGUCCCUCCCAGGAUCACAGUGUACUAAUGACAGUAACAUGUUUAAUGGUCGGUCCCUCCCAGGAUCACAGUGUACUAAUGACAGUGACAUGUUUAAUGGUCGGUCCCUCCCAGGGUCACAGUGUACUAAUGACAGUGACAUAUUUAAUGGUCAGUCUCUCCCAGGGUCACAGUGUACUAAUGACAGUGACAUGUUUAAUGGUCAGUCCCUCCCAGGGUCACAGUGUACUAAUGACAGUGACAUGUUUAAUGGUCAGUCCCUUCCAGGGUCACAGUGUACUAAUGACAGUGACAUGUUUAAUGGUCAGUCCCUCCCAGGGUCACAGCGUACUAAUGACAGUGACAUGUUUAAUGGUCAGUCCCUCCCAGGGUCACAGCGUACUAAUGACAGUGACAUGUUUAAUGGUCAGUCUCUCACAGGGUCACAGCGUACUAAUGACAGUGACAUGUUUAAUGGUCAGUCCCUCUCAGGGUCAGUGUAAUAAUGGCAGUGACAUGUUUAAUGGUCAGUCCCGCCCAGGGUCACAGUGUACUAAUGACAGUGACAUGUUUAAUGGUCAGUCCCUCCCAGGGUCACAGCGUACUAAUGACAGUGACAUGUUUAAUGGUCAGUCUCUCACAGGGUCACAGCGUACUAAUGACAGUGACAUGUUUAAUGGUCAGUCCCUCUCAGGGUCAGUGUAAUAAUGACAGUGACAUGUUUAAUGGUCAGUCCCGCCCAGGGUCACAGUGUACUAAUGACAGUGACAUGUUUAAUGGUCAGUCCCUCCCAGGGUCACAGUGUACUAAUGACAGUGACAUGUUUAAUGGUCGGUCCCUCCCAGGGUCACAGUGUACUAAUGACAGUGACAUGUUUAAUGGUCAGUCCUUCCCAGGGUCACAGUGUACUAAUGACAGUGACAUGUUUAAUGGUCGGUCCCUCCCAGGGUCACAGUGUACUAAUGACAGUGACAUGUUUAAUGGUCAGUUCCUCCCAGGGUCACAGUGUACUAAUGACAGUGACAUGUUUAAUGGUCUGUCCCUCCCAGGGUCACAGUGUACUAAUGACAGUGACAUGUUUAAUGGUCUGUCCCUCCCAGGGUCACAGUGUACUCAAUGACAGUGACAUGUUUAAUGGUCGGUCCCUCCCAGGGUCAUAGUGUACUAAAUGACAGUGACAUGUUUAAUGGUCGGUCCUCCCAGGGUCACAGUGUACCAAUGGACAGUGACAUGUUUAAUGGUCAGUCCCUCCCAGGGUCACAGUUUACUAAUGACAGUGACAUGUUUAAUGGUCAGUCCCUCCCAGGGUCACAGGUUACUAAUGACAGUGACAUGUUUAAUGGUCAGUCCCUCCCAGGGUCACAGUUUACUAAUGACAGUGACAUGUUUAAUGGUCAGUCCCUCCCAGGGUCACAGCGUACUAAUGACAGUGACAUGUUUAAUGGUCGGUCCCUCCCAGGGUCACAGCGUACUAAUGACAGUGACAUGUUUAAUGGUCAGUCCUUCCCAGGGUCACAGUGUACUAAUGACAGUGACAUGUUUAAUGGUCAGUCCCUCCCAGGGUCACAGCGUACUAAUGACAGUGACAUGUUUAAUGGUCAGUCCCUCCCAGGGUCACAGCGUACUAAUGACAGUGACAUGUUUAAUGGUCAGUCCCUCCCAGGGUCACAGUGUACUAAUGACAGUGACAUGUUUAAUGGUCAGUCCCUCCCAGGGUCACUGUGUACUAAUGACAGUGACAUGUUUAAUGGUCAGUCCCUCCCAGGGUCACAUUGUACCCUUCUUUUCAAAUGACAGUGAUGAGCAGUUUUUAAUGGUCGGUCCCUCCCAGGGUCACAGCGUACUAAUGACAGUGACAUGUUUAAUGGUCAGUCCCUCCUAGGGUCAUAGUGUACUAAUGACAGUGACAUGUUUAAUGGUCAGUCCCUCCCAGGGUCACAGUGCACUAAUGACAGUGACAUGUUUAAUGGUCAGUCCCUCCUAGGGUCAUAGUGUACUAAUGACAGUGACAUGUUUAAUGGUCAGUCCCUCCCAGGGUCACAGUGCACUAAUGACAGUGAUAUGUUUAAGGGUCAGUCCCUCUCAGGGUCACACAGUGUACUAAUGACAGUGACAUGUUUAAUGGUCAGUCCCUCCCAGGGUCACAGUGUACUAAUGACAGUGACAUGUUUAAUGGUCAGUCCCUCCCAGGGUCACAGCGUAUUAAUGACCGUGACAUGUUUAAGGGUCAGUCCCUCCCAGGGUCACAGUGUCUUAAUGACAGUGAUAUGUUUAAAAGUCCGUUCCUGCCAUUGUCACAAUCCAACAUCCUAUAACUUUGUGUACAUGCCAUUUCAUGUAGUCUGUAUAAAUAUUAAUCUUAUACAAUGAGGGAUUUCAGAGUAUGUUAUUGAAAUAUGGUUUAUUUGAAUGGAAUUAAAUAUUCAACAUGAAUGCAUUGAUGUCUGUUUUAUAUAAAUGGUGUACUGAGAGAUUUUACCCGCAGUUUUGGCAGUAUGGAGAAUGGCAGGAUGUUGUGAUUGACGAUCGUCUUCCAACAAAACAUGGAGAGUUGGUUUUCGUCAGUUCUGCACAGAAGACUGAAUUCUGGGCGGCGUUGCUGGAGAAAGCGUACGCCAAGUAAGUACACAGUUCACACAUUCCCCAUAACCAGUCAGUAAUUAGAAGCUGUAGGGGUUAAUAGGGACGACUAACGGCAGCUAUUUAUUGAAUAGGCUGAAAAAGAAAAGAGUCCUGUCCUGUGCAUGAUGCGUGGCUGCGCAGGGGGCGGGGUUUUCCCUGCAUUUAGCUGGGUCCCAUGAAAUGUUUUCUUUUAACAGAAUCCUGUUUAUUCCCAUCAUUUAAGUUUUAAGAAAAUAUUGUACGUAUAACUUAAAACAGUUACCUGUGCACUGUCCCAAAUCCCUAUGCACAUUUAAAUUACUGGAGGGUUUUGGUAUCACUCCAAUGGCCAUUUAAGUGUAAGCUCACCUGCCACAUCAAGGCAAAACAUUGUAAGUGAACCCAAUGCUAACAAUUCACCCUGCUGUCGUCAGCUUUAGGUAAAAUCUCUAAUGAGACCGAGAGGGAUAUUUUUCUAAACCCCUACUCACAUAUUACCUUGAUAUAAUUUGGGAAAGCGAUACUAAAAACCUCCAGUUAUUUAGGUUAUGUUGGGAUUUGGAUAGUGCGCAAUGAACUCUUUUCUUUAUUUUUAUUGUUUGUAUUGGGACUGAUGUGUCAUUGCUGCCGCUCAGGAGUAGUGGGAGUUUGAGUGCAGGGCUUGAUUUUAUGUUUGUAUUGUAUUAAUAUAAUUGGAAGAGCGAAAUAGUAUUGUACAAUAUAAAUGGCCGAAUAUUGUAAAAAUGGAUCACAAGGUGAUAAAUAAAAAAUAACUGUUUUUUAUACAAUAAACAUGCGCAAUCUAUGGCACUCUGUGACGCCCAGAAAUCCUCGCUAUGUACAGCCUACUCUGCGUCUUUCAGGAAUAUCCUGGGGGGGAGGUAGGUUUAGUGAGAAACGAUCGACCAGCGGAUUUAAAACAAAACACAAAACUUUACAAUCCCUUAACCCCUUCAGAAUCAAAAGUCACUUUUUGCUGUCAUCACAGUCCGGUCCCUGAGUAUCCAGCAUGGAAUGUUCUCCUUAGUAGUUGUAUUAGUUUUAUACAACCCUUGGGUCAUACAUCGAGCAGAUAAUUCCGGUAUGACAGCAUAGACCUGGGUAGAGUCCCUUAGUGUGCCGGUCCUAUUUAUUUUUAAAUUGAGGUGUGUUUGUUGCUGUGUUGUUUAUGGGUGCUGCAGUUGGUUUGUAGUGGUGUAUUGGUGUGUGUGUGGGAAGUAGUGGCAAGGUUCCCUUCUUGUCAGGUUUUUGGGUCAAAGCCCUAUUUUAAGACACUGUUUUUACUCUUAGACUGAAUGGAUCGUACGAGGCCCUAAAUGGAGGCUGGAUUAACGAGGCAUUUGUCGAUUUCACUGGAGGUCUGGACGAAAGUAUUAAUCUUCAGCUUCCCCUUCCAAACCUGUAUCCACUGAUCCAAAAAGCUGUGGAGAAGAGGUCACUGAUGGGAACGUCAAUCAAUGUAAGUUCCAUCAAUAUCCUCCACCUGUCUUCCACUGUCAGAGAGUCGUCCUCUACUCCUACCUGGUCCACUGGCCAUCAGUCACUAUCAGAGAGUCAUCCUCUACUCCUACCUGGUCCACUGGCCAUCAGUCACUAUCCGAGAGUCAUCCUCUACUCCUACCUCGUCCACUGGCCAUCAGUCACUAUCAGAGAGUCAUCCUCUACUCAUACCUGGUCUACUGGCCACCAGUCACUAUCAGAGAGUCAUCCUCUACUCCUACCUGGUCCACUGGCCAUCAGUCACUAUCCGAGAGUCAUCCUCUACUCCUACCUCGUCCACUGGCCAUCAGUCACUAUCAGAGAGUCAUCCUCUACUCCUACCUGGUCCACUGGCCAUCAGUCACUAUCCGAGAGUCAUCCUCUACUCCUACCUGGUCCACUGGCCAUCAGUCACUAUCCGAGAGUCAUCCUCUACUCCUACCUGGUCUACUGGCCACCAGUCACUAUCAGAGAGUCAUUCUCUACUCCUACCUGGUCCACUGGCCACCAGUCACUAUCAGAGAGUCAUUCUCUACUCCUACCUGGUCCACUGGCCACUACUCACUAUCAGAGAGUCAUCCUCUAUUUUUAUAUUGUACAAUGGAAACCAGUCGCUUUCUGUAUUCAGUGGUCCUAGUGACACAGUGACAUUGGAUGUAUCAGCAUGUAGUUCCAUUUAUUUAUUACCAGCUGCACUAUGCUGGCUGAAGACAGAUUCUUCUCCCCCAAAUUUAGCCCUCCCACCUCUCAAAAUGUAAGAAUUUAAUGCAUUAUUCAGUGAAGAAUUCUAUAAGAUAUAAACAGCAUAAUUUAAAGAGAUUCUCAAAUUCCCUUAAGAUGUCCUUUGUUUGAGGCCUUAAACGUACUGGGUGUGAAAUAUAAUCCUAGCUUUUCAGGUAGACUUUUAAUUAUAUAGAGUUACAUAGUUAAAGUGUUACAUAGUGACAGAGUUACAUUGUUACAGUUAUAUUAUUACAUAGUGACAGUUACAUUGUUACAGUUAUAUUAUUACAGAGUUAUUGAGUUACAUUGUUAUAGAGUUAUACUGUUACAGAUAAAAAUACAAGUAAUACACUGGCGCUAUCAUUAAAUUAAACACUCUUUAGUCUAACAAAAAAUGUUAUAUUUAGGCCAAGCUGCUGUAACACCUAGAUGUAAUCUUUCUUAUUUACAUCAAUAUAGGAAAAAGGUAAAAACAAUGUGAAAUCGGUGUAGCGCUAUAUACAUACAUAUAAUAGGGUUGAGCCUAAUAGAAUAUUCAGGCUUCCAAAUGAGGGUAAUUCCAAUAUCUUAUAAAGUCCACCUAAAAUAAGCAAAGAGAACUCUAAUAGUGUAACACUGUAAAUUAAGAUGAUAGUGAGAGUCAAAUAUAAUAACAAACUCACAUUCUUCUGAGCUUAAUGCCAAGCUCAGGAAUAAGUGCGUAUAGGUCCGUACAGGCGACCUUUCCCUUCUUCUUAUCUGGUGUGUAUCUCAGAUCGUCUCUAGGACUCAAGUAAAACAGAUAUAUAGUGUAGAAUGUCUGUAUACAAUAUUACUACUUAAAGUAUAUAAUAUACUCACAAAAAUGGAGCCUCUAUAUCGGCUCAGUCUCUGCACGUUGAAUAAAAUGUAGAACUUUUCUAAGCAGGAACCAGAAAAAGCCCAUAUAAUAAUUUAAAAGGUAUAUAAAAUUUAUUGCAUUACAAGGGUGUAGAAAAAACCCUCUAUAGUAAAUUAAAGCGCCAAAAUACAAAGCGCAGAAAAAUAUAAAAUAAAAUAAACAGCUAAUGGCUAUUGAAUCUAGCUGAGGAAGCCGUCGGAGUUACGGUGAAACGCGUUCUGGAAAGAAGUGUACGAUAUUGUUAUGCCCAUUUGUUAUUUAUUUGUUUAUUUUAUUUUAUAUUUUUCUGCGCUUUGUAUUUUGGCGCUUUAAUUUACUAUAGAGGGUUUUUUCUACACCCUUGUAAUGCAAUAAAUUUUAUAUACCUUUUACAUUAUUAUAUGGGCUUUUUCUGGUUCCUGCUUAGAAAAGUUCUACAUUUUAUUCAACGUGCAGAGACUGAGCCGAUAUAGAGGCUCCAUUUUUGUGAGUAUAUUAUAUACUUUAAGUAGUAAUAUUGUAUACAGACAUUCUACACUAUAUAUCUGUUUUACUUGAGUCCUAGAGACGAUCUGAGAUACACACCAGAUAAGAAGAAGGGAAAGGUCGCCUGUACGGACCUAUACGCACUUAUUCCUGAGCUUGGCAUUAAGCUCAGAAGAAUGUGAGUUUGUUAUUAUAUUUGACUCUCACUAUCAUCUUAAUUUACAGUGUUACACUAUUAGAGUUCUCUUUGCUUAUUUUAGGUGGACUUUAUAAGAUAUUGGAAUUACCCUCAUUUGGAAGCCUGACUAUUCUAUUAGGCUCAACCCUAUUAUAUGUAUGUAUAUAGCGCUACACCGAUUUCACAUUGUUUUUAUACUGUUACAGAGUUAUAUUCCAACAGAGUUAUAUCACUAUAGAGUUAUUGUUAUAUCGUUAGAGUUUAUUGUUACAGUCAUACCAUUACAGAUCAUCAGAGUUAUAUCGUUAGAGAGUUGUAUCAUUACAGAGUUAUAUAAUUACAGAUUUGCAUUGUUACAGAGUUAUAUCAUUACAGAGUUACAUUGUUACAGGGUUACAUUGUUACAGGGUUAUAUCAUUACAGAGUUAAAUUGUUACAGAGUUAUAUCAUUACAGAGUUACAUUGUUACAGGGUUACAUUGUUACAGGGUUAUAUCAUUACAGAGUUAAAUUGUUACAGAGUUAUAUAAUUACAGAUUUGCAUUGUUACAGGGUCACAUUGUUACAGGGUUACAUUGUUACAGGGUUACAUUGUUACAGGGUUAUAUCAUUACAGAGUUAAAUCGUUACAGAGUUAUAUAGCUGUUGAUCCAAAAGAAGGUGAAAAUGAAAACCCCAACUUAAAGCGAUUAAAAAUAUUGUCACAAACUUGGAAUAAAAUCUAGCAGUCAGAUUUAUCGUUAGAUCAACACGCCAUAACCACUCAUGUUAACGAUUAAAUUCAUGAAUAUUGUGUUUUUCCAAAAAUCCAUCCACACAUUAUUUUUGCAGAUUGCGAGCCAGAAUGAGAGUGAAAUGAAGACCCCGGAGGGAUUGGUGAAGGGUCACGCGUAUUCAGUGAUCGGAGUGUACGAGGUAAGGUCUCACCUGCGGUUACCGAUCAUCCUCAUAGCCAACAAUGCUUUCUGAAAAAUCCACUGGAGGUACAUCUUUGUCGCCUUAAAAUGUUCAUGUUCCAACCUGUGUAGUAAGUGUGGAGUUCUUAUAAAACUAUAGCACUGGGUGAUGCCCACAAGGGACAGAGCUCCUCAGGUCUCUUUCACACACUAUGUAAGAAACUAUACCUGGUCCUGCUAUAAAGCACCUUGUUUGGCUGUGUGUGUGUUCCAGCUAUAAAAAUGGUCCGUGGCAGCAUGAUACUUGACUGCGUGUGUAGCCCAACUAUAAACACGGCCUGUGGCGUCAUGUUUGGCUGUGUGUGUAGCCCAGGUAUAAACACGGCUGUGGCAUCAUGUUUGGCUGUGUGUGUGGCCCAGGUAUAAACACGGCUGUGGCAUCAUGUUUGGCUGUGUGUGUGGCCCAGGUAUAAACACGGCUGUGGCAUCAUGUUUGGCUGUGUGUGUGGCCCAGGUAUAAACACGGCUGUGGCAUCAUGUUUGGCUGUGUGUGUGGCCCAGGUAUAAACACGGCUGUGGCAUCAUGUUUGGCUGUGUGUGUGGCCCAGGUAUAAACACGGCUGUGGCAUCAUGUUUGGCUGUGUGUGUGGCCCAGGUAUAAACACGGCUGUGGCAUCAUGUUUGGCUGUGUGUGUGGCCCAGGUAUAAACACUGUGGCAUCAUGUUUGGCUGUGUGCCCAGGUAUAAACCGGGUGCGCAUGUUUGGCUGCAUGUGUGGCCCAGGUAAAACACGCCUGUGGCGUCAUGUUUGGCUGCAUGUGGCCCAGGUAUAAACACGGCCUGUGGCAUCAUGUUUGUCAUGUAUGUGGCCCCAGGAAUUUAUAAACACAGCUGUGGCAUCAUGUUUGGCUGUGUGUGUGGCCCAUGUACAAACUUUUAUGGCAGUGGCACUCAUGUUUGGCUGUGUAUUGUGGGUAUAAACCAUGACCCAUGGCAGCAUGUUUGGCUACGUAUUGGCCCAGGUAUAACCGCACGGCCUGUGAAACGUCAUGUUUGUACAUGUGGCUAGAGUAUAAACCAUUACCUGUGGCAUCAUGUUUGGCUGUGUGUGUGGAUAUAAACAGGCUGCAUUGGCAGCAUGUUUAGCUGCGUGUACAUGGCAACUAUAAACCGGCUGUGAUGCAUGUUUGGCUGCAUGUGUGGCCCAGGUAAAAAGCGGCCUGUGGCAUCAUGUUUUACGGCAUGGCGGUUGCGGCCCAGCUAUAAACACGACCCAUGGCAGCAUGUUUGGCUGUGUGUGUGGCUGGCUAUAAACCGCGACCCCAUGGCAGCUUCACGUUGGCUGCUUGUGGCAUUUAGCUAUAAACGACCUGUGGCGGCGUGCUGUGGCGGCCCCGGCUAAACACCGCCGGUGGCAUGUUUGUGGUUGCGUGACGCCCCGGGUAUAAACGACCCAUGUCAAAUGUUUGGCACCGUGACGGCAGCCCCAGGUAUAGGCUCUGACCCGCGGCAGCACGUUUGGCUGCUUGUGUGGCCCAGCUAUAAACACGGUGGCAUGGCAGCACGUUUGGCUGCUUGUGUGGCCCAGCUAUAAACACCGCCCGUGGCAGCAUGUUUGGCUGCAUGUGUGGUUCAGGUAUAAACACGGCCCAUGGCAGCACGUUUGGCUGCUUGUGUGGCCCAGCUAUAAACACGGCCCAUGGCAGCAUGUUUGGCUGCAUGUGUGGCCCAGCUAUAAACACCGCCCGUGGCAGCAUGUUUGGCUGCAUGUGUGGUUCAGGUAUAAACACGGCCCAUGGCAGCAUGUUUGGCUGCAUGUGUGGCCCAGGUAUAAACACGGCCCAUGGCAGCACGUUUGGCUGCUUGUGUGGCCCAGCUAUAAACACCGCCCGUGGCAGCAUGUUUGGCUGCAUGUGUGCCCCAGGUAUAAACACGGCCUGUGGCAGCAUGUUUCGUCUAUAGAUAUCAGACAUACUCAAAAAGUAAGGUUUAUUGUUUUAUAUUAUAAAGGACCACUUCUUUUCUUUAUAUUAUUAUAUAUUCACUCCGUCCUUUCUCUGUAAUACUCUGCAGGUGGAAAAAAAUGGUGGUAAAGUGCAACUCCUCCAACUGAGAAAUCCCUGGGGUAAGGUGGAGUGGAACGGACGCUGGAGCGACAAGUGAGUGUGACCCUACCCACAGGAAAUGGAUCAAUAGCAAUAAAUUGUUAUUAUUACACCUAGUGAGUGCGCAUGGUAUAUCUCCAGGUAACAACUGACUGCUCUCAGAUCCACUUGUAAUGGGGACAUUGGAUGCUGGCACUAAACUGCAGACUGCAGUCUCACUAACAGCCAUGCUGAUAUCUCUAUAUAAACACUGAGCGACAAUUCGUGAAGAUACAAUCUCUAUAAAAUGAUAAUUUCAAUGAAAUUCCAGCCCAGUCAAAAGAUAUCACAGAACAGAAUAGGGACUACGUUGUCUUAUGGUAAAUGCUUAAGUUGACAAAUUUUGACAGUAUAACUCACCUCCGACACACCCCAGGGCCACCACACCCCAAACAAACGUGCCGACAACAGGGGGGUGAGGGGUGUCUUUACUAAAUAUGUAAGGACCCCAGAAGGUGAUAGAGCUGCUCUAACACAUAGAUUGCUGAUCACUGACACUUGAAAAUUACAAUUAGUUAGGGACACUGUAGGCACCCAGACCACUUCAGCUAAUUGAAAUGGUCUGGGCGCUGUGUCCCUUUUGCACUUAGUGCUGCAAUGUAAAGAGAACUGUAAUGUUUACAUUGCAGCUCUAAGUCUGCCCUCUGUGGCUAUCUAACAGACAGCCAAUAGAGGGCUUCCGGAAUCUGAUGCUGGACGUCCUCACGUCCAUUGCCACGCAUCUGCAUUAGAUCUCCCCAGCCGCCUUCCGGCGGUGGGGGAGGAGUGUGGGCGGAGCCUGACCCGGCGCCGAGGGACCUGGAGUCAGGUAAGUAGCUGAAGGGGUUUUAACCAGCGACAUGGGAUGGGGGAUGGGAGGGAGGGGGGCACUCCAGGAAUUUCUAGUGCCAGGGAAAUGGGUCUGUUAAUGAGUUUUAUUUUUUAUGUAUCUGUUUUGUCUAUGCUUUAUUACAGGUGGGGGAGUAAACAUUUCAGAGAUUAUACAGCACCUCUUAUCUAUCAACAUUUAAUGCAGUGUAUAAUAUAUUAUAAUCAGGGCCGGCCUUAGGCCUUUAGGCGUCUUGCGUGAAAAUUCGUCACAGCGCCCUGGGCCAUACCCCUCAUCCGAUGCCUCCUAUCCUCUUUAACCCCAAAACAGUUAUUAGAAAGCUUGAUGAUAAUAAGAUGCUUGUUAGUACAAUAUAAUUUGGUAUACGUAUAUUUAAUAAUCAAAAAGAAGAAUAUUAAAUCAGGGAGCUAUCUACUAAACAACUGAAUUAUAAACAUUAAGGAAAGCCAUUUUCUUAUGUUUGUUUACUCAACAGUUCAGUAGAUAACCCCCUAAUUUGCUAUCCUCAUGUGAGCACCAUAUUUAACAAUACCAAAUCAGAGACUGAUCUACUAAACACACAUCUACAAAGCACAUAUACACAUUCUUACACACACACAGUUUGAAUUUAUAAUUAAUAGGUCUCAAGUCCCUUUUCCCACAAGUGCCAGUGAGCGUGUCCACCCUGGCUUUCCUUCUGCGUCCCCUGCUGCAGUGUCCCUCAUUGCCCACCCCUGAGCGCUCUUGUGGCUCAGAAUGAUAGGCUUCUCGAUCGGUUCCCUAGCACAAACUGAAAGGGGAGGGCUUUUUUGUUGUUGUUGUUGUUAUAUCACUAUAUAUAUAUUAUUAAAAAUGCAUGUUUUCAUUGGGAGUAUAUCUACUAAAUAAAGAUUUUUUUCACUUUUUCGAUUGGAUUGUUCCUGUAAUUGUGAAACACAUAAAUGAAUGCACGUCCGCACGCACUCUCCCAUCCUUCCUUUUAGCAGCUUUCCUUUGGAAUGUCUCUUUCCUCAAUAAACCAACAGGUGCCUUAUAGCCUUGCCUUUUACUUGCGUUCCAUUUUUAUCCGUGUAGUUCUCUGAGAUCUAAUUUUACUCCGCAAACUGCAUUAAAAGCAAACAAUCAAAAAAACAACUAGUAUCAGCUUUUUUAUUUCAAUGUAGUUUCCUGUCUUUCUGAACACUACUUUUUAAUAACUUUCUUUUUUAACACAAUAUUUGCCUAGGGAUUUUGUUUUUUACAGCGUCUUUUCAUUUCGCUGUCUUGUGACCAUUUCUUAACUCUCUUUCCCUCCCAUAUUUUAACCCUAUCCACCCGGACCGGUUUUUAUUCUGCUUUAUCACGUUCUCUCGUUUUACAUUUUCCUUGAACCAGUUGAAUUAACCCCGUUAUUGUCUUCCUCCUAUUUUAACCCUGCUUUUAUAUUGCUUUCUUUUGUAACUUUUAUUCCCCACUAAGUUUCCUUUUUCCUGACUUGCCUAGACUCUAAUAUUUAUUGCAAUGCGUCACACACCUGAAAUAGUGGGAAAAACAGAUAUUUGUCAACAUGUUUAUAGCAUACAGUAUUUGAUGAAGGAAGGUCAUUGCAGCCUGUGUAGAAACUCUAUAGAAUGCCUGCGCUCCCUGCUCCAGUGAUCUGAACGUUGCUCUCGUACAGUAAAGGAGUCAGAAUGGGGCUCAGUAUUCCCAGUCCCUCUGCAUCAGUUUAACACAGCGAUUGGUUAGAGCAAUUUUGUUUUCCAGUAGACAGGACCAACACUGGAGCAGAGGGGCUUAAUGUGCCAAAUUUAAAGCAUUGUGCUGUAUCAGGGAGCUGUGUCUUGGGUAACCAGGCUCGCUUUGCGUGUGCCCACCAACUCUUUAGUUGUCCUUCCAUUUGGAUAUUUUGACAAAGAAAAAAUGUAAAAUUCAGCCAAUCCAGAGUUUAGUGAAUAACCGUUAGUGAAUAAAGUGAAAGCCGUUUGUGGCAGAUAAUGACUAUAACUUGACGUGCAUCAUUAUGUGGAGAUAAGAAAAACAUUAAUAUUUUAUAAUAUUUAUAUUGUUUUUGUAAUGUUUGCCCAUCCCAUGGCACAGACAGAGAAGCUCAGUACUAAGCAGAAUGCCUUUAUUUCCAGCUCCCCCUUGUGGUCACAACUAGACCCUGCACUUCAAGCCAAACUUCACAUCAAAGCAGAAAAUGGAGAAUUCUGGUAAGGGGGUGGGGGCGGGGGAGUUGUAUUUCUGACAAUUCUGUAUUAUUCCCAAGCAGUAAUGGUAUUAUUCCUUAUUCCCAAGCAAAAUCAAAAAAGCUAUUGAUUAGAGUUACCAUAUUUUGAAAGCAUGCAUCUCCUAAUCCUAAACCCCCUUAACAUAACCGUAACCUCCCAUAAACCUCGGCCACCCUAACUAUAAUUAUUCUCAACUGGAUCUUAGUCAUCCCCAUCCACCAACCAAAAUCCACCAUCCCUAUCUCACUGGUAUCCACCGUCCUCGCCCAACCAAGAGCCACUAUCCCUAUCCCUCCGAGAGCCACCAUUCCCAUCCCACCAAGACUCACCAUCCCUAUCCCACUGAGAGCCACCAUUCCCAUCCCACCAAGCCUCACCAUCCCUCGCCCACCGAGAGCCACCAUUCCUAUCCCACCAAGACUCACCAUCCCUAUCCCACUGAGAGCCACCAUUCCCAUCCCAAUGAGAGCCACCAUUCCUAUCCCAGUGAAAACCACCUUCUUCAUCCCACUGAGAUUCACUAUCCUCAUCCCUCUGAGAUCCACCAUCCCCAUUCCACCAAGAUCCAUCAUCCCACCAAGAGCAGCGAUCCCACCAAAAUUCAUCAUCAGACCAAGAGCCAACAUCCCCAUCCCCAUCCCUCUGAGAGCCAAUUUUACACAUUGCCCCAUUCCUCCAUUCCACCUAGAGCCAUCAUCACACCAAGAGCCACCAACCCGAUCCUACCGAGUGCCACUGAUCACAUUCCAUGGAAAGCCUUCCAGUUGGUGCCAAGUGCAGACUCUGCAUGGGUUUGUUUCUGCAGGAUGCAGAUGGAAGAUUUCAUGCGCUGUUUCAACACCUUGGAAAUCUGCAAUCUGACUCCGGACUCUUUAUGCGAUGAAAAUGCUCAGUCGUGGAACGCAAACUCAUUCCAAGGAAGCUGGGUCAGGGGACAUAAUGCUGGGGGCUGCCGGAAUUACACAAGUGAGAGCCAUGUUUGUGCCCCACAGGGUCUGGGGCUUUUACAUGUAAUGUUUACUAUUAUUGACUUGAAAAAUAGAGACUGAGAGCACGUUCCCACCCAAUCCAGGCACUUUCUGGACUAACCCGCAGUUCUUGGUGACCCUGAGGGAGGAAGACGAGGACGAGGCAGGAAUAUGCACAUUGCUUGUGUCCCUAAUGCAGAAGAACAGGCGUCAGAAAAGGUCCGUGGGACGUGAUUUCCUGAUCAUAGGAUUUGAGAUCUUUCAGGUACAGGCUGACUGUGAGUGGGACUCACCUAACUAUUACUGAGGGUGACUUAACUACCUAUCACUGUGUGAAACUCACUGCUAACCUCUGUCUAUUAUACCCACUGCUUUACUGGAUUUAGGGGUUUCUAAAGAUAUACAUUUUUUUUUACAGGUUCCAGAAAAGGUGAAUAAACUGAAGUUGCCACCCCUGGAGCACAGGGCACUGUGCCCAUUCCUUACAUCAGGGAGUGUUAUGGGGGGCAUUUGGGCAGUUUAUUUAAUUACAUAAACCCCUCUCCCUAAUGCAAACUGCACCAGCACCUGCUGAUCUGACCAAUCACUGCAUGCCUAAGGGCCUCUCCAUCCUAUAGCACUGUCUACUUAGGGACUCCCACAACCUAAAACUCAAUCACUGCAUGCACGCCUAGGGGCCCACUUAUUCUAUAAUACAAUCACUGCAUGCCCAGGGCCUCAUAUUCUAUAAUACAAUUAAUGCAUGCCUAGGAGCCCACUUAUUCUAUAAUACAAUCAAUGCUUUCCUAGGGGCCCUCUUAUUCUAUAAUACAAUCACUGCAUGCCCAGGGCCUCAUAUUCUAUAAUACAAUUAAUGCAUGCCUAGGGGCCCACUUAUUCUAUAAUACAAUCACUGCAUGCCUAGGGGCCCUCUUAUUCUAUAAUACAAUCAAUGGUUUCCUAGGGGCCCUCUUAUUCUAUAAUACAAUCACUGCAUGCCUGGGGGCCCUCUUAUUCUAUAAUACAAUCAAUGGUUUCCUAGGGGCCCUCUUAUUCUAUAAUACAAUCACUGCAUGCCUAGGGCCUCAUAUUCUAUAAUUCAGUCACUGCAUGCAUGCCUAGGGGCCCACUUGUUCUGUAAUACAAUCAAUGCUUUCCUAGGGGCCCUCUUAUUCUAUAAUACAAUUAAUGCAUGCCUAGGGGCCCACUUAUUCUAUAAUACAAUAAAUGCACGCCUAGGGUCCUUUUAUUCUAUAAUAAAAUCAAUGCAUGCCUAGGGGCCCACUUAUACUAUAAUACAAUUGCUGCUUUCCUAGGGGCCCUCUUAUACUAUAAUAUAAUCAAUGCAUUCCUAAGGCCUCAUAUUCUAUAAUACAAUCACUGCAUGCAUGCCUAGGGCCCCACUUGUUCUAUAAUACAAUCAAUGCAUGCCUAGGGGCCCUCUUAUACUAUAAUACAAUCAAUGCAUGCCUAGGGGCCCACUUAUUCUAUAAUACAAUCACUGCAUGUCUAGGGGCCCACUUAUUCUAUAAUACAAUCACUGCAUGCCUAGGGGCCCUCUUAUACUAUAAUACAAUCACUGCAUGUCUAGGGGCCCACAUGUUCUGUAAUACAAUCAAUGCAUGCCUAGGGGCCCACUUGUUCUGUAAUACAAUCACUGCAUGCCUAGGGUCCUCUUAUUCUAUAAUACAGUCAAUGCUUUCCUUUGGGCCCUCUUUUGCUAUAAUACAAUCAUUGGCUCAUCCAUCCUAUAAUACGAUCAUUUGUGCUUCCUUGUGGAGCAUUUUCCAAACCCUCUGCCUCUCUGCAGAGUAUUUCACUAACCCCGUGCCUCCCUGCAGAGUAUUUCACUAACCCCGUGCCCCCCUGCAGAGCAUUUCAGUAACCCUGUGCCUCCCUGCAGAAUAUUUCACUGACCCUGUGCCCCUCUGCAGAGUAUUUCACUAACCCCGUGCCCCUCUGCAGGGCAUUUGACUAACCCUGUGCCUCUCUGCAGAAUAUUUCACUGACCCUGUGCCUCUCUGCAGAGUAUUUCACUAACCCCGUGCCCCCCUGCAGAGUAUUUCACUAACCCUGUGCCUCCCUGCAGAGUAUUUCACUAACCCUGUGCCCCUCUGCAGAGUAUUUCACUAACCCUGUGCCUCCCUGCAGAGUAUUUCACUAACCCUGUGCCCCCCAGCAGAGUAUUUCACUAACCCCGUGCCUCCCUGCAGAGUAUUUUACUAACCUUGAGCCCCCCUGCAGAGUAUUUCACUAACCAUGUGCCUCCCUGCAGAGUAUUUAACUUACCCUGUGCUUCCCUGCAGAGUAUUUCACUAACCCUGUGCCUCUCUGCAGAGUAUUCCACUAACCCUUUGCCUCCCUGCAGAGUAUUUCACUAACCCUCUGCCUCCCUGCAGAGUAUUUCACUAACCCUGUGCCCCUCUGCAGAGUAUUUCACUAACCCUGUGCCUCCCUGCAGAGUAUUUCACUAACCCUGUGCCCCCCAGCAGAGUAUUUCACUAACCAUGUGCCUCCCUGCAGAGUAUUUCAUUAAUCCUGUGCCUCCCAGCAGAGUAUUUCACUAACCCUGUGCCUCCCUGCAGAGUAUUUUACUAACCCUGUGCCUUGGUGCAGAGUAUUUCACUAACCCUUUGCCCCCCAGCAGAGUAUUUUGCUGACCCUGUGCCCCCCUGCAGAGUACUUUGCUGACCCUGUGCCUCCCUGCAGAGUAUUUUACUAACCUUUUGCCUUGGUGCAGAGUAUUUCACUAACCCCUUGCCUCUCUGCAGAGUAUUUUGCUGAUCCUGUGCCUUGGUGCAGAGUAUUUCACUAACCCUGUGCCCCCCUGCAGAGUAUUUUUCUGACCCUGUGCCUUGGUGCAGAGUAUUUCACUAACCCCUUGCCUCCCUGCAGAGUAUUUUGCUGACCCUGUGCCCCCCUGCAGAGUAUUUCACUAACCCUGUGCCUUGGUGCAGAGUAUUUCACUAACCCCUUGCCUCUCUGCAGAGUAUUUUGCUGACCCUGUGCCCCGCUGCAGAGUAUUUUGCUGACCCUGUGCCUCCCUGCAGAGUAUUUCACUAAUCCUGUGCCCCCCUGCAGAGUAUUUCACUAACCCUGUGACUUGGUGUAGAGUAUUUCACUAACCCUUUGCCCCUCUGCAGAGUAUUUUGCUGACCCUGUGCCCCGCUGCAGAGUAUUUUGCUGACCCUGUGCCUCCCUGCAGAGUAUUUUGCUGACCCUGUGCCUUGGUGCAGAGUAUUUCACUAACCCUGUGCCUUGGUGCAGAGUAUUUCACUAACCCUGUGCCUUGGUGCAGAGUAUUUCACUAACCCUGUGCCUUGGUGCAGAGUAUUUUGCUGACCCUGUGCCCCCCUGCAGAGUAUUUUGCUGACCCUGUGCCUCCCUGCAGUUUGAUCAGAUGAACCUGGUGUCUCAGAGGAUGACUCUAAUCCCCAGUCUGAUUCCUGUGCGUCUCUCACCAUUUGUGGCCCAGCGAGACGUGACCAGCCGGUACCAGCUGCCCCCAGGACGUUACAUGAUAAUCCCCAGCACCUUCCACCCACACGAACAGGCAGUCUUCAGCCUGAGGGUCUUCACAGAGAAACAGCAUACACUCACGUGAGCAUGCACUCCCUCUCACAUCCUCUUCUAAACAUAUUAUUAAACCCUGUUAAUAAAUCUCCCAAUUCUUCUUCCUUAGGGAAAUUGAUUAUGAGAUCAUGGCAGAGCAAUCCGUAUUCCAGGUAAGUGAGUGUCGGGAUACUUACCUAUCACAAAAUGUUUAUUUAUUUUUUAUUUACUGAUAUUUUAAGUAUCGUUGACAAGCUUCAUUGUACGCACAUUACAAACUUGGAUACGUGGGCUUUUGUUUGCUUUUUUCCUGUUUUUUCAAUAAUUGCUGGGUGAAAGUAGGGACUAUUUCAAAUCAUGGGAUUCUCUUCCUGUUUCCAAUAUGAGAAUGUUAUUCGUUCAUCCAACAGUCGGUUUCACAUUGUGAAUUGUGAUAAAAAGGACACGGACUGCAAGGAUGAAAUUGCCACCUUGGGUGAUACGUUUAGUACAGCGAUAACGCAUUUAUAAUGCACGUUACCGUGGAUACUUAUGUCUAAAUGUCAUUCCCAGGGGUGAGAACGCGAGUACGUACAGCAGGGCAUUGCUUACAGGCAUUUGUUUGUUAGUGGUUUUUUUUCCUGUUGUGACUUCCCACGCCAUUCCCCGGGCAGAAGGUCAGUAGAGGCACACCAAGGUAGAGACGGGGGCCGCUUGGGAGCAGACGGCCCCGGUCAUGUAUUCCAUACAUUAACAAAUGAAACAGUGGCCGGUAAGGACUCGCAGACUGGGUAACGUGUUAGACUUGUUAACAUUAUUUUUGAUGGGAGAGUAGAGUUUCUCUGAAUCGAGUGCCUACAGGCCCUAACCUGACCAGGUUCACCUGCUGAAUCUCCUGGUGUUUUUCUUUUGCAUUCUAUUGCAGCAAAUAUACAUCCGGAGUCCGGCCCAAAAUCAGGAUUAUUUACAUUUUGUAUUCGCUCCAAAUUAUCCAAAAUAAAGUUUUACAAUGGGCAAAGUGGCCCUUCACGCACAGGAAGGUAAUUAGCAAUUUGCCUGAGCCCUAGAAUUCUUACACGAAGAGGCGCUAUAAGGUAAAGUGGCCUUUAUAUUCACUCAACAAUAAUGUGCUUUAGAAAUGAAAGACAAAGAACUGUAAAUCUACAAAGAAGUGGAAAAAUAAUAAGUUAGUAUUACAAUUGUCUGCUCUAAGGACGUUUACUGCAAAUUCUGUGAUUAAUGAGUAAUCGUGUUGGAAAUGAGGGUGCUCACGGUCGCUGGGUUUCGACCAAUGUGAACCCCAAAAACGGUCUGGGAAUGUAAGUCGCUGGGUAGAGAGAGCAAUAAGUCAGAAAGACCCAGGAUUGGUAGAACUUUUAUUGUUUCAUUCAUCCUAUUAAUGUCAUACAUUACACAGUAUAUUUAUUUAUUGUUUAAUUCAUCCUAUUAAUGUCAUAUAUUACAUGGUAUAUUUAUUCAUUGUUCCGUUCCUGCAGGAAAGCCCGCUGCGUGGCUCUCUGGAAACGUUUAAUGCUCACUUUGCGCGGCUGUCCGGCCAGGUAAGCCCAUAGCUAUGCGGCAGAUGCAGAGUGUAUGGGAACCGGUACACAUCUGACUUGUGUUUCACACGUGGUGUGUGUGAUGUAACUUCUUGUGCCCCCAAUCUGCUCCAGCUGCUAAGCCCAAGCCAGACAGUAGAGUUUAUUAUUAAAAGACUUCAAUAGCGAGUAAAGACUUAUCAAUUAUAAUAUAUGAUGAUGAUGUGGUAUUUAUGGUCCCUAAAAGGGACUAAACAUUUCCAACUAAUCUCAAACUCGUGACCAUUCCUUUAUCGUCUGAAAUUUCAGGACCAGGAGAUCAGCGCGGAGGAAUUACAAAGAAUACUUCUUCAGAUAACAUCAAAACGUAAGACUAUGAAAGGGUACAGGUAUUGUGGGGGUACCCCAUUUCUGUAUCACACAAGUUCUGUAUAUGUUUAAAUAAUGCUACUAUAUUCCAUAUUGAGUGUCAUAGUAUAAGCAGAGCCGUGACACACUUUAUUCAGCAAAGUGCUUUAUACUCACAUCUUUUAGGGACGUGCGUUACCGAAAACUCACAUUAUCCAGAGACAUGCGUUACCGUAGAAUAACAUUACCCAGAGUCGUGCAUUUCCAAAUACUCACAUUACUCAGAGACGUGCGUUUCCAGAGACUCACAUUACCCAGAAACGUGCGUUACCAAAGACUCACAUAACCCAGAGACUUGCAUUACUGAAGACUCACAUUAUCCUGAGAUGUGCGUUAGCAGAGACUCACAUUAUCUAGAGACGUGCAUUAGUGAAGGCUCACAUUACCCAGAGAAAUGCGUUAUAGUAGACUUGCAUUACCCAGAGACAUGCGUUAUUGGAGACGGAGACUAACAUUACCCAGAGAUGUACAUUACCUGAGACUUACAUUACCCAUAGAUGUACAUUACCUGAGACUCACAUUACCCAGAGAUGUACAUACCCAGAGACUCACAUUACCCAGAGAUGUGCAUUACCUGAGACUCACAUUACCUAGAGAUGUACGUUACCUCACAUUACCCAGAGAUGUACGUUACCUCACAUUACCCAGAGAUGUACGUUACCCGAGACUCACAUUACCCAGAGAUGUACAUUACCCGAGAUUCACAUUACCCAGAGAUGUGCAUUACCUGAGACUCACAUUACCCAGAGAUGUGCAUUACCUGAGACUCACAUUACCCAGAGAUGUGCAUUACCUGAGACUCACAUUACCCAGAGAUGUGCAUUACCUGAGACUCACAUUACCCAGAGAUGUACAUUACCUGAGACUCACAUUACCCAGAGAUGUGCAUUACCUGAGACUCACAUUACCCAGAAAAUGUGCAUUACCUGAGACUCACAUUACCCUGAGAUGUGCAUUACCUGAUACUCACAUUACCCAGAGAUGUGCAUUACCUGAGACUCACAUUACCCAGAGAUGUACAUUACCUGAGACUCACAUUACCCAGAGAUGUGCAUUACCUGAGACUCACAUUACCCAGAGAUGUGCAUUACCUGAGACUCACAUUACCCAGAGAUGUGCAUUACCUGAGACUCACAUUACAAAGAAAUGUGCAUUACCUGAGACUCACAUUACCCAGAGAUGUACGUUACCUGAGACUCACAUUACCCAGAGAUGUAUGUUACCUGAGACUCACAUUACCCAGAGAUGUACAUUACCUGAGACUCACAUUACUCAGAGAUGUGCAUUACCUGAGACUCACAUUACUCAGAGAUGUGCAUUACCUGAGACUCACAUUACUCAGAGAUGUACAUUACCUGAGACUCAUAUUACUCAGAGAUGUGCAUUACCUGAGACUCACAUUACCCAGAGAUGUGCAUUACCUGAGACUCACAUUACCCAGAGAUGUGCAUUACCUGAGACUCACAUUACAAAGAAAUGUGCAUUACCUGAGACUCACAUUACCCAGAGAUGUACGUUACCUGAGACUCACAUUACCCAGAGAUGUAUGUUACCUGAGACUCACAUUACCCAGAGAUGUACAUUACCUGAGACUCACAUUACUCAGAGAUGUGCAUUACCUGAGACUCACAUUACUCAGAGAUGUACAUUACCUGAGACUCACAUUACUCAGAGAUGUACAUUACCUGAGACUCAUAUUACUCAGAGAUGUGCAUUACCUGAGACUCACAUUACCCAGAGAUGUGCAUUUCCAGAGACUCACAUUACCCAGAGAUGUACAUUACAUUAGAAUGAGCAUAGUUAGGAUUAGUAAUAUAUGCAGCAAGGCACAGUUUGACGGGGUUAGGUGUUUAUCGGAGUUCUUUUCUGUUAUCUCAUAGCACAGCCUUAAAUGGUGGCACAGAAGACCUCUUUAAAUUGAGGGAUGUGAGUGGCCGGGUCAGAGUGAGUGGCUGUUCUGAGUGUGAGAGGGGUGUGGCCAGGUGCGGGGAUUUUCUGAGUGUGAGAGGGGUGUGGCCAGGUUCGGGGCUUUUCUGAGUGUGAGAGGGGUGUGGCCAGGUGCGGGGCUGUAGUGAGUGUGUGGCCAUGGGCGGGGCUGUAUGUAGUAUAAUGUAAUGAUGCUGUUAUAGACUGGUUCUUUCCUACAAUGGCUGGGUGGGGGGAGGACGGGAAUUGUCUUUUUUCCCUUUUUAGAAAUAUACUAAUAUGUCUCCCAAGCCAGAGAUAACAUGUUCUUCCGUUCUGUUUGCAGACACCCAUUUGAAGACGGACGGGUUCACGCUUGAAACCUGCACAAGUCUGUUAAAUCUCGUGGAUGUAUCUUUCCAAUGUAAAGCUGCAUAGCAGGGAGUGCAAGGGCCAAUAACAGAACAAACGUCCCAGCUCCAUUAUUAACCCUCGUAGUCCCAUUUGCUUUGGUUCUAGUGCUAACUGAUCAGCAGUCGAUUUGUCGGGGGUCGGAGGUCUACAGCUCAGAUAAUAUCAUUCAAAAUCCAUUCAUGCCCAUUUCAGAACGGUCUUGCUUAAUUCCGAGAUUAAAUUAUGUUUGAUUAAAGUCGAAAUUUGUGCGUGCUAAAGCCACGGGAUUGUCCUGAACACGUUCCAGUUUUGGAAUUGAAAUCUUACAGGACUGUUCACUAAAGUGAGAAUUCAAAGUGAAUUUCACAUUUAAGGCUAAAUAGUUGAACUGGUUGAACACGCGUACUCAUUGACAGACACACACGUAACCAUUCUCUGCUCACACUGUGCCAUCCUCACACAUAUAACACGUAUGACAUACUGACAUGUUCCCAUUCUCUCUACAUUGCAAGCAGAGACCUGCAUGAACAGUAAUAUGCCACAUACACUCACUGUUAUAUAAUGACAGGGUGUCAGAGUGCCACCUGGAGCCAUGGUCCCACCAGUAUCUAUGGACGGACCGGCCCUAUGUGUGAGUACUUUCAAAUAAUACUCCUAUCAGCCAGCAAUAGACUGGAUAUGACUCCUCGGCUCCAGUUAGGGAUUCAGAUUGGUUUGGUGGUCCACGUUGGGAUUCCAUGCUAACCAAUGGGAUAUAAUUAACAAGUUCCAGUUCCAGAGCUUUCAAUCUUUUGUCAUAUUAUCUCCAUCCUCUCCCCCAACUCUCAUAAAUUCCCCCAAAGUCCAUUUUCCUUAAUUUACUAAACAAAGCGUGACUCCAACGGAAAAAAUAAUUUGGAAGAAUUUAAAAAAUUGUGGAGCAAAAUUAAAGAUUGGGAGGUAAAUAUAAUAGUGUCAGGUUAGAGAAACUACUGAGAUAUAUUUACCCACCUCAAAUUCUCAUAGAUUGUAACUUUGUAGGGACUUUUCAAAUCCCCUUUCUAUAAUAGCAAAACGCUGAAUAUGUUAGAGCUACAAACAUGCUAAUAAUACAGCAGUGGGUUAAUAUCUAAUGGCCGCGCGUUAUCAGGACAGGCUCAGACAGCACUGGGUUUAUACCUAAUGUAAUGACCGCACGUUAUCAUGGCCAGGCUCAGACAGCGCUGGGUUUAUAUCUAAUGUAAUGACCGCACGUUAUCAGGACAGGCUCAGACAGUGCUGGGUUUAUACCUAAUGUAGGGGGAUGUGACCGCACGUUAUCAUGGCCAGGCUCAGGCAGCGCUGGGUUUAUAUCUAAUGUAAUGGCUGUACGUUAUCAGGACAGGCUCAGACAGUGCUGGGUUUAUACCUAAUGUAGGGGAUCUGACUGCACAUUAUCAGGACAGGCUCAGACAGUGCUGGGUUUAUAUCUAAUGUAACAGCCGCACGUUAUCAGGACAGGUUCAGACAGCGCUGGGUUUAUAUCUAAUGUAAUGACCACACGUUAUCAGGAAAGGCUCUUCGAGUGCUGGGUUUAUAUCUAAUCAGGAUGAAUUUUUAUAGUGAAAUUUCUUUUUGUUUUAGCAUAUUUUCAAAAAUUAUGAUAAGGACCAAUCAGGGACUAUGAAUGUGCAGGAGUUACGGGUAGCACUGGAGGCUGCCGGUAAGUCUACAAGAUGUUUAUCUAAACUCUGAACGAUUUAUACUCUGUUUUCAUUCAUUCAUUUUAUAUUUUCGCUUGUCUCAGGAUUCCAUUUGAACAACCAGUUUGUAGAAUCGCUUUGUCAGAGGUACGGCGAUGACAUCAUGAAGGUGGAUUUUGACAGCUUCCUCUCAUGUCUAGCGCAUCUCACCCACAUUUUUGGUAAAAACAUAAAACCUCAUAGAAUUUGACAAUAAGCUUGUAACUGACGCCGAUAAUGAAAACUCAGCUAAAGAGAGGUUAAUGUUUGGUAAAUUGGUAAAACGGUUACUAAGCAGAGAAUUGUGGUGAAAUCUUCAGCCAAAAUAGCCAAGCUGAAAAAAAAAGGCAGGAAUAGCCAUUAUUAGACAGCCUGGCCUUCUGUCCGAGAUCCGGCUGAGCCGUUAUUACACCGCCUGGCCUUCCGUCCGGGAUCUGGCUGAGCCGUUAUUACACCGCCUGGCCUCCCGUCUGGGAUCUGGCAGAGCCGUUAUUACACCCCCUGGCCUCCCGUCCGGGAUCUGGCUGAGCAGUUAUUACACCGCCUGGCCUCCCGUCCGGGAUCUGGCAGAACCGUAAUUACACCGCCUGGUCUCCCGUCCAGGAUCUGGCUGAGCCGUUAUUACACUGCCUGGUCUCCUGUCCGGGAUUUGGCAGAGCCGCUAUUACACCGCCUGGCCUCCCGUCCGGGAUCUGGCUGAGCAGUUAUUACACCGCCUCGCUGGCCUCCCGUCUGGGAUCUGGCAGAGCCGUUAUUACACCGCCUGACCUCCCGUCCGGGAUUUGGUAGAGCAGUUAUUACACCGCCUCGCUGGCCUCCCGUCUGGGAUCUGGCAGAGCCGUUAUUACACCGCCUCGCUGGCCUCCCAUCCGGGAUUUGGCUGAAAAAAGAAAAAAAAAAACAUUUUCCAAGUCAGCUAAAUUUUCAUCUUGGUUAUUUUGGCAUAAAAUUAGAAUGUAGGGAAACACGUUUUUUGGGACUCACUCUGACAGCCUAACAAUACUGCGCACCCAGGCCACAUUCGGUCUCAGGGUCUGCCGCACUUUAUCCACCAAUAUAUGGGUGACGUCUCAUUUUCUAUAAUGUAGGGGUUCCCAAUUAAUUUUUCCUGUGGAACCCUUUGUGUUUGUAUGUGCGUAUCUGACCCAAAUACACACACUGGCACAUAUUGGUACACAGAUACACAUACUCACUUCUUCCCAGCAUCCAAUACUACAGGGGUCCGGUCGCUUUUUUUAUGAUGACCAUGGCGCCUGACCGGACCCCUGACGGACAAAUCGCCACAGAUCCCCAAUUUUGUUCUUGCAGAAUUCUUAUUGGGAAACGCUGCUAUAGUGUAUAAUUGAUUGAUUUAUAUUUUGUAGAAUUAUUUACAGGAAUGUUUGUAAUUGUCUGCAUUGUAUGUGACAGUUGUUGCAUCCAUUUCUUAGCUUUUACUAGACACAGAUUAACGUUUACGCUGCUUUCUGUCUCCUCUACAGGAAAAUGGCGCAGUUUGGACCUGGACAAAGAUGGGGUAGUCAGCAUCAGUAAGCAGCAGGUGAGGGGUGACUGGGGACAAGUUUACAGCUGAGAAUUCACGCAUUGUGCAGAAUUAUGUAGAAUUUCUCUCUAUUUUAAUCUGGUUCAGGAAGGGAAACUAAAACAAGUGAUUUUAUGAAUGAAAAUAAAUACAUUUCAAAUUAAAUAGGUGGAAUAAAGUCACCAGAUACACCAUCUUCUCCUCAACACGUCAUUUCUUCACCCUGCUGGGCAAUGCAUGAAGAGUGCUACCCUGUAGUAUUAUUACUGUGCAGGAAUAAGUACGUUUAUUAAUCCAGGAAGGAUAAGCUGCCUUAGUUGAGACACUACAAGGCACAAGCUUUCAUGCAUAGCCCAUCAGCAUUAAUAUACUAUAUGGACAAAAGUAUUGGGACACUCCUCUUAAGCAUUUAAUUCAGGUGUUUCAAUCAGACACAUUGCCACAGGUGUAUAAAAUCAAGUACCUAGCCAUGCAGUCAGAGAGCAUGCAUACUAUAUAUUUUAUGAAAUAAAGAAUUUUUUUAUAAUAUUAUACAUAUAUAUGAUUUCAUUAUAAGUGUAUUUUGAGAUGUGUAGAUAUGUCAAAGUACACUUAUAAUGAAAUAUAUGCAUUAUAUAUAUAUAUAUUUUUUUAACCUUUUAGCAGCCUUGGGCACUGUCUGACAGUCCCUCUGCUGUCAGCUGCUAGAUUCCUAUUGUGGCAAUGUGAUUGUGGUGAUCACAUGGCCCUGGAGGGCCGGAGCUGCUGCAAGGGGACUGCUGGGUUCUCCGGCAGUCAUCCCGACCGUAAUCGCCAGUCCGGGGCUCCUAUUUGUCUCAGACGUACUAGGUACGUAUGUGGUCCUGAAUUGUUUUUUUUGUUGGACGGACCUAGUACAUCCACAGUUGUUAAAGGGAGAUACAAUUAGAAUGAAAAUAUCUAUGUAUUUUGAUAUAAAUAUAUAUUUUCAAAAUACAGUUUGAAUAAAAAUUACAUAUUUUUUAAAUUAAUUUAUUUUUAAUUAUUUUUUAAUAAUAUACACACGUAAUUUUACUCUAUUUUAUAUUAAUAUAUAUAUAUAUAUUAAUAAAAAAAAUACACUUAGUAUGAUGUUAUAUACAAGAAUAUAAAAAGACCUUGUAUAAGUCGAAACGUUGAUCUCUUGAACACUAAUAUUUUGCACAAUAAAUUUAAUAUUUUUUCAACCCAGGAGUGCACCUCAUCAUUGAGAGAGAUAUAGAAUAUAUAUAUAUAUAUAUAUAUAUAUAUAUAUAUAUAAAAAUUAUUUUUUUUAAUUUCUAAAAGUAAAAAAAGAAAAAGAAAAAAAGUUUUAACUUUUUUCACCAGCAAGGGCACUGCCUGUGAGUUCAGGCAGCACUAUGGACACCUAUUGCGGCUAUGUGACCGCUCCUUUAGAGUGGUCACAUGCAGUGGCGGAUCCAGAGCCUGAUCUCGGGAGGGGCACUUGUAGAUUAUUUAGAUAAAUAAUCCAGGCACAAUAACCACUACAGCUCAGUGUAGUAGUUAUGGUGUCAGUAGUGCCAGGAUUCCACCCCAGAGUAAGUAGUCAUACCGUUUAAGAACAGUCUGACAACUUACCUGGGUCUGCUGGGAUAUAGGAGCAGUGGUGUGUGUUAAGGGUGAAGUGUGUGAGUGCAGCAGUGUAUGUCAGGGUUGUAGUGUGUGUGUUAGGGGGCUGUGUAUGUGUUUUUGGGGCAGUGUGUGUAUGGGGGGCAGUGUGUGUAAGGGGGACAGUGUUUGUGGGGCAGUGUGUGUAUGGGGACAGUGUUUGUAAGGGGACAGUGUUUGUAUGGGGCAGUGUGUGUGUGUAUGGGGGGCAGUGUGUGUAUGGGGACAGUGUUUGUGGGGCAGUGUGUGUAUGGGGACAGUGUUUGUGGGGCAGUGUGUGUAUGGGGACAGCGUUUGUGGGGCAGUGUGUGGGGCACUGUUUGUGGGGAAGUGUGUGUAUGGGGGCAGUGUGUGUGUGGUGGCAGUGUGUGUAAUGGGGGGCAGUGUGUGUGUGUGUGUAAUGGGGGAAGGAGGCUUUUUAAUAAUAAAUUUAAUAAAAUAAAUAUUCUAUGUCCCCCCUCCCUUCUUACCUUUAUUUAGGAGGAGGGGGGACAUUUCUCUGGUGGUCCGGUGGGGUAUUCAUUGGUGGUCCCAGUGGCGAGAGUGAACUCUAGCCCGCGCUCCAGGGCUAGAGUUCACUCUCGCGAGAUUUGGAGCGUUGCUGUGGUAACCGCGGCAACGCUCCAAAUCUCGAGAGAGGAGGACCCGGAGGAGCUGCAGACUGAGCUCCGGUUCCUCUCUCUCACUCCCUCCGCCACCGGCUGUCAGCACGGUGCCUGCGGACCAGGAAGGGAGAUCUGGCAGGGGAGAAUUUGGGGGGGGGGGCCCCGUUGCCCCCCCCCCUGGAUCCGCCAAUGGUCACAUGGCCCCUAGGGGUCCUAAUUUGCAGCCCAGACAGUCCCCCCCCUUAGAAGACAAAUCGCCGGCGGGGGGGAAAUGGCGGCGAUUGGUAAGUACAUGGGGAAGGGGUUAAUUUUUUUUAUUUUAACGGAGUGCCUCAACCCCUCGAGGCACUUGGUACAGGCAGAGAAUCGGAUGCCUGGCUGAUGGCUUCCGAUGCUAUGUUCUACACUGCCGUGCGCCACGUAAGGCAACCCGAAAGUGAUCGGGUGUGAGGGGGCGGGGUAUUGUACAAGCUAUCAUGCAAUACCCAUAGAGAGGCUGGAAGCAAUCACAAUCGUUUCUAGCACUCAGUACAUCUGCGGUCCUUAAGGACAGUUUUUUGUCGGACAUACCAGAUACAUCCGCGAUCGGGAAGGGGUUUAAAAUGUGUUCUGUGGAGUGACAAAUUGCACUUCUCAGUCUGAUGGGCGAGCCUAUGAUGCAAGGAGAACUUUACCUGCCUGACUGCAAUGUGCCAGCUGGAAAGUUGGGUGGAGGAAGGAUAAUAGUAUGGGGCUGUUUAUCAGGGGUUUGGCCAAGUCCCUUACUUCCAGUGAAUGAAAUGAUAAUGCUGCAGCAUACCAAGACAUUUUGAGCAAUGAUAUGCUUCCACCUUUGUGGGAACAGUUUGGGGAAGGCUCUUUUCUAUUCCAGCAUAACAGUGUCCCAGUACACAAAGCAAGGUCCAGAAAGACAUGGUUGGAUAAGUUUGGUGUGAGAAAACGUGACUGGCCGCACACAACCCUGACCUCAACCCCAUCGAACAUAUCACUAUGUAUUAAUGUCAAUGUAUUUAGAAAGCAAUUUAAUGAAUUAACUUGUUGGUGCAAUGUUCAGGUAUCGCAAUACUUUUGUCCAUAUAGUGUAUGUGCUCAGGGAAAGAUGGUGGAUCUAUUAACCUGAGUGUAAUGCAGCCAAACACUCGUCCCAAUAACAAUUACACUGUGUAACACUGAAAAUAUUUGCACAGAAACCCUUCUGAGAUAAUUUGUUAAUCCUACAAACGGGGGCCAUCCUGCAACCCCAUUGGCAAUUAUGACACAGCCAAAUGGCACAAGAGUUUUAUAGAGGUGGCCGCUAAUAUCCCAGUGCAGGCAGUCGGAUCACCAGACUGUCAUUAUUGGAGACUGUUACACAUAUAAUGCUACAAUCCUGAUAAAAUCUCAAAGAAAAGGCAUUGCUUGACCUGAUUUAGACAGAGCACUAAGCUCUCUUUACAGUUCAUGUAAUGUUCCCUGCACUCAUUACGCAUUGCAUUCAAAGCUCCCAUGGCGGCCCUUGCUGGACACUCUAUGCCAAACUUAGAACAGACGUUUCUCACAGUAAUCAGUCAGCACAGUGUCUGCACCAGAGCAAUUUACCUGUAUCUACAUUCCUCUGGUUUAAAUCUUUGUUCCUGGUUAGGAUUUUGUUUUUCUAAAAGGCAUUCGGCUGUGGCUUAGAGUAAUGUGUAAAAAUUGUCUUGUUUAUUGCACAGUGGCUGAAAUUGACAAGUUUCCACUGAGUGCGAUUGCACCUUGCUAGCAGUAGAGGGCAACACGUCAAGAACAGAAAAUACUCCCAAACCAAUCCCUGCAUCUAACGUGACGUCAAGGCACCAUGCGACCAUGCUCAGGACUUCCAGCGCAAUUAACUCUGAAAUGCACUUUAUGAAACCAAACAGUGAUAUGCAGUUUUUAAAAAGAGGAGCAAAUUUAAUUUACACAAAGUACUAAAUGUACAUCAUUCUUUUAAAAAAAUCAUUAUACAUUAUAAAUACAGUACAAAUUCUUUAAAGUACUAUAUUCAGACUGUAAUGUUGGUUUUGGGGAGCUGGAGGGUGACAGAUGAGAUGGGGGAUGAGUUUAAUGUUUUGUGAUUCUUUUAAAAAUAAAACAGAAACUGUAUUUGAAAAUGGCACAGAAUACAUGAUAUUGGCGUGAAUUUGGGAAUAUUGUUUAAUGAGUGCACCUGUCUGCCUAAACCCGCACAAGUUACACAGGAGAUGCUGAGGUUAAGCCACAGGACUGGCUGAUCGCAUCACUCUUUGGGGAAAUGGGAGUUUCAGGUAGAACUUUAGCAAAGGGGCAAUAUUCAGAUUCUAUACUGUGCGAUGUGCAAGUCACGACAUAUCUUUUAUUGGGUUUCUGUGCUACUUUUAAAAGAAACCAGUCAACUUCCGCCUUGCGAAGCCAAGUGAUGGUGGUGGAAUUCAUCACCGGUUUCUCUUUGAGAUCUCUGAUAUAAAAAGGGAACCCCUAGUCGUGGAAGUCUCCACCCACCAUGGAGAUAAUGUCACCUGCUGCAAGUGACUACUGGUGUUGGCUGGCUUCCAUUAUAUUCAACAUAAAGUGAAACUUUGGCAGUCCAACCCCAACGCAUUGAGAUAACGGAAAACAAAACUCUGAUAUAUAUAUUUAUAUAUAUAUAGUGUCACAUUCUUAGCCGUGUGCAAAUUAUAGUCUACAGGCAUUCAACGCUGAUCUCAUCCAACAUUUACCCUCUCUGGGCGCCUCGUCCAAUGGACUAGAGAAACUACAACAAACCUUACACCAUCUGACAUUCAGCCAAUUAAAUAGGAGGAAUUUGAGAGCACAGUCCGCGCUCGGUGGCCAAUCGUUAACCUAGCACUAAACAACUUUUGCCUAGAGAAGCAUUCCAUGACCUUUUUGUUUUCUGAUGCUUUCUUCUUCUUCCACUCACUGCCCCAGUUUGUCAAGAAUCCAUUGCAAAUUCUAGGUGCCCCCAUAAUAAUAAUAAUAAUAAUUAUAACAUUUAAAUGUACGUUAACAGUUUAACGCUGUUCUGUGUGAACUGUGCAUUCAUUAGCUAUUUCCCCAGGACAGGAAAAUAAAAAAUAAUAAAAUUAAAAUAAAAAAACACAACAUAUAGAAGAACAUGGAAAAAAAAAAUAUCCCCUGACUUGAUGUUUGAAUAACUUAAAGAAAAAUAAUCAAUAUAAUCAAAUACGCGCUGCUUUAAAGCCAGUCUCAUAUUAUAGUGAAUCUUCUUUCCUCUCCAAGGUCAUAAAGUCCAUUUUCAUUUGACAGUUCAUUGGGCUGAGAUGGGAAAAGGCGUGAGGAGGUGGUGAGGAUGGGGAACAGAAAGCAUACAUUUCUGAAGGCAACAGAUCACUGGUUGGAUUAUGUCCUUGAUACUAGUCUUCGAAGACAGACAAGAAACAUCCCCAUAUACCAGUACCUCUUUAUGGUACGGCUUGUCCUCUCAAGCCAGGAUACAGGAAGUGCAACACAAUUUUUCCAUAAACCACUUGUUGCCCAUAGCAAACAAAUGGACAAAAGAAUUGAGGCUUAAAUUUGGAAAAUGUGAACCUCCUUCACCUGUGAAUACAUGUGGCUAUUUAUGUCCUACAACCAUUAUCAUCUCAUUUUCCCCAGGCAAUUUCAUUGAUUUACUUUCAACGGCUCGCUCAAGUUUAUAAUAACAAUUCCUCCCUCCGUUAUCUAUUUAACGUCCUGGCCCCUAGGCCUCCAUUGUGAUUAGGGGUUAGGUACGAGUCUGUGCGGUGAACUGGAGAGGAAAAGGGUGAAGAGGAGGAGGAGUGGUGGAAAGAAGGCUGGGUGGAAGAACGGAGGAGCGUGUUUGAUCCUCCUCCACCCUGGGGUUGCUGUAGAUUGAGGAUACUGUCGAUGGCACUCUGGAGAUGCUCAUUCAAAGUAUCAUCUUGAGGACUAUCACUGGAGAAGCUAGCAUUGUCCACGUCAAAUUGUUCAGAUUUAAGCCUUUUUGCAGAAGGAAAUGGUACAUCCCAGUUCAGCUCUGUCUCAUUAUCUGGUGGUUCUGUCUUAAUAGCCCUUCGGAAGUAGCUCUGAUCUUCAUCCUUUGCUUCCCGCCUCAAUCCAACCAGACUCUCCUCAUUCUUGGUGGUCUUGGUCUCUGUUCUGCUAAAAAACAACUUGGAACUGUCCGCCUUCCUUCCCUUUUCAUGCUCAGAAACCCCUUGUGUCUUAUGAGAUGUAAUAACGCUCCGUAACCCUUCUUCCUGCUUUAUUGGUGGGGUUGAAACUGGCACCUGCUGUGUUUUCUCCACCUUCAUUCUAGCAUCCGGUGGUUUUCCGGUCACAAAAGCAUCCACAUUCUCGCGGUAGGUCUUGCGCAAAGGUAACCGGCAGUAGGUGGCAAGAGGUUUCUUCUCAGCAGGUGAGGAGUGGUCCAGAGUGCCAUUCAUUUGCCCAGUUGGUGUGGUGGUGGUGGCCGGCGUUGUAUGAGCAGUUGUCUUAAUAACAGUGGGAAUGGAGACAGGUGUCACAGGAGGAGGUGGUGGUGGUGGUGGUGGUAAAGGAUUCUGAUGGACAGGGUCCAAGGCUGUAUUGUGAAUAACUUUGCUCAGCCCAGCUUCUUGUUUUAUUUUAAGCUUAAGGCCAAUUCGGCUACGGGCCUCAUAUGUCUUGAUUGGUGGCUUACUGCGUGACGGAAGAGCAUCAUCAUCCGUGUCAAGAGAAGGGGAAGCUUUGGCCCAGGUCACAGAAGGGGAACCUCCGCCACUGUGCUUGAUCACCAGCUUUGUUGGGUGGAUUGGGGUGGACAUCUGCACCACUGGAGGCUUCAGGCUCUCAGGUGCUGGGGCAGGACAAGGAGAAGACGAAACUGAUGCCACCAAUGGUGUAAUGGACAGAGAUCGAGCAGAAGACGUUGAUACAUACUCAUCUACCAAGAGAAAAACAAAGAAAUUAACAUCUGAAAAAAUUAGGAACAGAAUCCUGCUCUCUUUUCCUAAAGAUUUAAGCUUCCACUAAUUUACUGCAAACAUCCUCAGUGGUGGCACAU